CACUGACACUCGCGUGCCCAGGAAGCUGCCUGCUCUGCCCAGAUUCCACCUACGGAUGCUGAGCCACCCUUGAGAUCUCUUAGAAGCCCACAGGCAGGGUGGCAAUUGUCCUGGGACAGAAGGGUCUGCAGCAUCACUUCAACCCCGGCUAGGACUCCAUCGUCCCUCUUUGCUGCUCUCCAUCAGGCCCAAGUGCCCUGUCUCUGUUAGUAGCCAGCAGCAUCAGAACCAGAGGCUCCGCUUCCAUCUGCUGACUCCAAGGUGGAAAUCUUUUUGCCCUUCUGCUUCCCGAGACAACCCAGGCUCCAGAUCAGCUUGCUCUUUUCCUUCCAGAUCCCCACCCCGUUGGUCCAAACUCGAUGCUGGAAGCAUCAACAGGAGAGAACGCCUGUCGACGCUGCUAAAAGGUAAGUUUCAUCAGAGCAGCAGGAGUUUCUGUCUCUGUAGAGUUUGGGCAGGACCCCUUCAGGGGUUCUUGCAGAGUUGUUUUCCUAAGAUUAAGCCCAGCCUGAAUAAAGAAGAAUGCUUGUUUGGAAGCUGGGUUUCCAGACCCAGCAGUCCUGGUGGAAGCAUUGUCACAAACUCUGCUUUAGGCUCUGCCCCACAUGCAAACAGCCAGUGUGGUGUGGGGGUUUGGGUGUUGUUGGACUAAGGUCUGGGAGAACUGGGUUCGAAUCCCUACCCUGUUGCGAAGCCCAUUGGGUAACCUCUGGCUUGUCCCUGUCUCUCAGCCUAAACUACCUCGCAAGGUCGUUGUUGGGAUGAUAAAAACAGGGCGGGGGUAAACCAUGCAUGCCACCUUGAGCUCUUUGGAAGAAAGGCGGGCUAUACAUGAAAUGACUAAGUUGCUGAGCCCACUAGGAACCUCUGCCCCUUCUUACGUCACAUUAGCAGAACCAUGGGCAAUAUAUCUGCCGACACCCCUUUACGUCCUGCCCAACCAGAUCACCAGUACAGGGAGUUGCCUAGAAGUCUCAAGUUCUCCUCUGCCCCUUGGUACAGAAGGGCCACAGGUUUGGGGCCAAUUGGCUCCAUCCAUCAUGCUUUUUUUACUGAUUGCAACUCCCUUGCUCCAUACAAACUGGUUGGAACGAAUUUGCCUGCAGACUUGGCCAGAUCAGGGGAAAGACGUCGUAACUGGGAAGGGGAAAAAUCUGGGGUAAGGAUUGAUCUUCAUCUAAGGCAGUGAAAUAGCUUGAUAUUCAGCCCUGGGCUGGGUCCCUGUUUCUUGCAUGCCUCUCUGUCCUUGGGAGGAAGAGAGACCCUGGCACAGUGUUACAAUGUGAGCUCUGCAGGUAGAAAGUCUCCCGUUCGAUUCCUGGCAUCGCCUUUCUCUGCCUGAAACUGUGCAGACCCACUAGCCAGACAGAGGAGGCAAAACUGAUCUGGAGAUGAACGUGAGCAGUCUGGCUUUGGUGUAGCUCCCGGUGCUUUCGGGCCACAGAGGUCAGGGCAGGAGCUGUGCUGGUGCUAAAGAAGCCUGUCUAUAAAUCGCGCCUGCCUCCUGCGACUGUUCUCCGUUCUGGAAGGAGACACAAAUGUGCUUUGUUUUGUUUGCUCUGCAAACGGGGACAAGCAGCUUGUUUAUCCGCGCGAAGCCUGUCUGGGGAGAGGUAGGGUGAUGCCAGCCCCUGGGAAACGAACGGGGCCUGAUCCCCUCGAUUGAUGGGUCUGAACAGACAUCCACCCUGAUCAUCGCCAAGGGGGUUUGUUUCCCUUGGCUCUGGGGGUGAGAUGGACCCUUCCUUGAGGAAGAAACGGAGCGUCUGCUGACAGUUAUCUUGAUGGCAUUGGGCAGGAGCACUGUUCAAAGGCUGGGUGGACAGACUCUGACAUCGAAGGCAGAGGACAAUGAUGAGAGGGUGGAGGUGUUCAAAAUGGAGUGUGGAGAGCCCUAAGGGGACACAGCAUGCCUGUCUGUCUGUUGGGUGCCUGUCUUCGCCUGUGUCAUUUCAGAUGUCUGUAGAGAAAGGGGCAGCAAUUUCGUGGGGGAGCAGAUUUCAGCAAGAUUCCGUGGUCUGUUCUUGAACUGCAUAUAAGGAGCAAGCCUGUUUAUGCCCACUCAGAAGGAAAGCCCACUGGGUUUUAUAGUACUUGCUCUCAGUAAUGUAGGGAUCGGACAGCUGUGGCUUCCUGGAAGUUCAUUGAGUUUAGAGCUGGAAAGGGACCCUGAGAGUCAUCUAGUCCCACCCUCUGCAAUGCAGGAACCUCAGCAAGAUCACACAUGACAAAUGGCCAUCCAACCUCUGCUUAAAAACCUCCAGGGAGCCCCAGCCAGCAUGGCCGGUGGUCAGGAAUGGUGGAGGCUGUAAUUCAGCAACAUCUAGAGGGCCCUCGCUUCCCUGCUCAGUUAGGGAUUGCAGCUUCAGUUGCUAGAAAGCAGAAUACACCUCCCCUCCCCUGCCACAAAAGCAUAAAUGGUGACUGUUAUUAAAUCUCCCAACAACUUCAGCAAUUUUCUUUAAACAGAUUUUAAUAAGCAAUUUUAUAGAAACAAAAUAAGAAAAAGAGGUGUGCAUUUGACCUGCAGAUCUGGAACGCAGGCCUCUUUCCUUGUUUGUAACUCUCCAAAUGUUGCUGGACUCCAGCUCCCGUCGUCCAUGCACGUCUCCUAUGCUGGCUGGGGCUGUUGGGACCCGGAGUCCAGCAGCAUCUGAUGGGUCACUCGUUCUCCAUUGCUAGAUUAUAGCAACACAAGGCAGCAGCUUUCCUGGUGGGGCAGAGCCACAGGAGUGGCCUCCCAGGGUCAGCACCCCUGCUGCUUACCAAGAGCAGGGAGGUCCAAGGUGGCAGCAAGGUCAGAGGCAUUGGUGGAGCCUGGCACACCUGCCAGAAGGCUAUCCUUGCAGCUGCACCUCACUGGGCAAGCCACACCUGUAACCACCAUUGCCAAUGUCACAGUUCCACCACCAGGGGGCGUUCAUCAGAACAGGGCCUUUUUGGUGGUUGCACCCUCAAUAUGGAGUGGCCUCCUCUUGGAAGUAUAAUUUGCGCCAAUAUUUGUCCAGGCAUUUAUGGGACGUUAGUCCACUGCUACACAUGGAUGUGCUGGAAUUUUUAUUCUGGGUUGUAUUUGAGUUUUGUUUGCAUUUAGAAAAAUGGCCCUAAAUUAUCCAUGUCCAUUGAUUUCUGUAUAUUUAAUAUAUAUUGUGACUCACUCUUAUUUUGCCUGGAUUGUUGUUUCAAUUUUUGUUUUAAAUUAUGUUGUAACACAUCACAGGAUCACCGGUGAGCAGACUUGGUUGAAAGUGCCCUAAACUGAAUAAAUAACUUUGCAAUCUUGUGCCUAUCUGCUUGGAAGUAAGUCCUACAGAGUUCACUUGGGGCAGAGGUGGGGAGCUUGGGGCCCUCUCAAUGUUGCUGAACUACAACUCCCAUCAUCCCUCGCCAUUGGCCAUGCCAGCAAGGACUGAUGGGAGUUGGGAGUCCAACAGCAUCUGUAGGACCACAGGUCAGUCACCUCUGACUUAGGGCUCGCUUCCAGCUUGCAACAGUGUGCAGAGCAGAAAUAACAGGCGCUCUUGAGGAGCAAUUGCAUAUGUUCUGAAACACGAGGAUGGCAGGGCACGGGGAAGUCCUGCCAGCCCUCCCUAAAAAGCACCCCAAACCUUGUGGCAGGGAGUUGGGGAAGGUGGUGGAAGAAGGUUGGGUGAAACGUCAUGUGUUCCAACUUAUCUGCAGCACCACAAAUUUGGCUGAGAAUGUAUGAGGGCCAAAAGGAACAGAGGCGAGGAAUUCUAAAUAGAUCCAGGCUCUGCUGGCCAUUCCAUCUCUCCAGCAAACCAAAACCCAAACAGCCAAUGUGGCUAUAGAUUUACAGAUAAUUUCUGCAACAGGACGUCAGCUCCUUUCCUCCAGCUUCUCUGUAAACCAGCGAGAUCCUUUCUCCUCCUCUCCGAGAGGGAAAGGCAGCCAAACUCUCCAUCUUUUUAAUCGCCUUUCCCAGCUAAUCCCUCCUUCAUAAGCAGCCUCUUUCUCAAACCUCAAGAAACACACGCACAGUCUUCCUGUCGUUUCCAUGCCCGAGCCACCCGCCCACCCUGCUCUCUCAGCUCCUUUGCAUCCUGCGGGUGCCCUUGCGAUAAGAUCUCCCUGUGUUUGUAACCUGAGCAAGCGCUGGGAGCAGGCAGGAGCUGAAAGCACCAGGGCAGCCCUGCCACGGCCUUCUGCAGCCGCCCUGGCAGCAACCAGCUGAUAGCUCAGCUGCCACAAGCCAAGUAUUUUGCCAGAUUUGCAGGCAGGCACGGGGAGAGAGGAAAACAGGCUACUUUUGUUACUUUUGCUGGGAGCUGUACUAGGGUGGCCCUGUGUCCUGCAUUGCAGGGCACGGUCCUUUCUUUGUGUCCUCUGUUUGAAGGGCUUCUUUCAAAAUGAAGAAGAACCCUAAGAAGGGUAUGAGGGCAACACAAUGCUUUUAUCUGCCUCAAUUGCACACGUUUAAAUGUCUGGUAUGCGUCUGAAUCCCUCCCCCAAAAUAGUCUGGAGGUACCAACAACCUUUCCCACUAUGGGGAGAAGCAGCAUAAUCCAAUUUAAAUGACAGGCCAGUAAUAAUUUUCCAAAUUUGCAUAUGUGCAUAUAAAUCAGCACAUGCAAAUAAGCGUCCUAUUUUUCGAGGCUGAUAUGUCGAUACGCUAAGCCUACCCGAAGCUUAGCUGUACAGACUUUCAAGCCGAACAGGCAGGCGUGCAUUACUCUGUAGCCAGUCACAAGCCUUGCAUUUCUGCAUCCCCGGUCCUGGGCAUGUUCUUAGACAAAGACCCCACUGUGUUCCGUGGGGCUUACUCCCAAACAAGUGUGCUUAGGACUGGAGCCUUAUAUGUAAAACUUAUUCUGUCUUGAGUUGCAACAGCUUUCUUAAUGAAAACAUUGUGCAGCUGAGAGCAGCCAUUUUGAUUUCCCACAGUGCCCAGGAGUGAUGUAACACCAGUGGCAUUGUGGGAAAUAAAAAUGGAAGCUCCCAGGUGUUGUAUUAAAGGGAGAUGCAAGGCAGGAGUGAACCAUGGCCCUGCCAGAAGGUGGGAUUUGCAGCUGCUGCUAAGGAAGCACGCCACAAGCAGGCACAGGGGGUACACUCAGAGUAAGGAAGGUGUGACACAGAAGAUGUUUCUGGGCUACAGCUUCCACCAUCUCUGAGCAUUAGCCAUGCUGACUGGAGUCCAGCAACAUAGAAUUGUAGAGUUGAAGGGACCCCAAGGAUCACCUAGUCCAACCCCCUGCAAUGCGGGAUUCUCAGCUAAAGCAGAUAGAUAGAACUUUGUUCAAAAACUUCCAAGGAAGGAGAGUCCAUAACUUCCAAAGGCAGUCCAUUCCACUCUUGAACAGCUCUUACUGAAAUUUCUUCCUGAUUUUGAGUCGGAAUCUCCUUUCUUGCAACUUGGAGCCAUUGGAUCGAGUCUUGCCCUCCAGAGCAGUGGAAAACAAGCUUGUGCCAUCUUCCAUGUGACAGCCCUUAAGAUAUUUGAAGGUGGCUAUCAUAUCUCAGGGAUGCUUUAGUUGAAAUUCCUGCAUUGCAGGGAGUUGGACUAGAUGACUCUUAGGUCUCUUCCAACACUACGAUUCUAUGUUUCCAUGAUCUCCUCUCAGUCUCCUCUUUUCCAGGCUAAACAUGCCCAGCUCCUUCAACCAUUCCUCAUAAGGCUUGCUUUCCAGACCCCUGGUCAUAUUGGUUGCCUUCCUUUGCACACGUUCCAGCUUGUCAACAUCCUUCUUAAAUUAUGGCGCCCAGAACUGGACACAGUAUUCCAAGCGUGGUCUGACUAAGGCAGAAUAGAGUGGCACUAUUACUUCCCUUGAUCUGGGCACUAUACCUCUGGAGAGUGACAGGUUCCACAGCCCUGAUGCGUGUGCGCACAUAGAUCCACACGUAUCAUUUUGUCGUGUUUGGAUUAUCCUCUCUCUUCCCUGUCCUGAUGGGCCCUGCUCUGCUUCAUUUCUAAGGUGGGCAGAUGUAAAAAAGAAUGGCCAUCCUCUUUUAACUUCACGUUGAAUAGAGAAGACCAGGAGAGAGAGGGCUUAGCAGCCGCAGAGUGUCAUGCAAGAUUGACAGCCCCUCUUCAACACCACUAUUAAAGGUACCACAGACUUUUAUUUUGCACUUUCAGAGAAGGGUUAAUCACAGAAGAUCAUAGAGCUGGAAGGGACCGUGAGGGUCCUGAAAUGCAGGAAUAUUCCACCCAACACAGGGCGAAGCUACAAACCCACAACCCUGAAAUUAAUAGUCCAAUGGAGCUAUCCCACGUUAGUCGUUUGCUUAAAAAAGAAAGAAAGAAAGAAGAAAGAAUCUGGGGACAGGGCACCUUAGGAGCACAGUCAGACCCACUUGUCCCUGUAACCCAGUACUGUCUGCACUGACUGGCAGCAGCAAUCCAAAGUUUCAUGCUGCCAACCCUACCUGGAGAUGCUGAGCCCUUUUGCAAGCAAAGCAGAUGCUCUACCACUAAGCCAUAUUACCCAAAACUUUGCUACCGACUACCAACACUCCUCCAUUUAAUCUCAGACUGGUGGAGUGCUUUGUGCAGCGCUGGCAAGAGGAUGGCCCUCUGCACGCCCUCAGAGGCGCUUCUCCUCUGCGUUCUCGCAUCCCAUUGCAUUCUAGAACCCCAUCCUCCCCCUACCUUGCCUGCUCAUUUGCCCUUAACUAUUUGAGGAUUAAGUGUUACAGACCAGUGUCGGUGUCUCUGAUUAAGUAUCAGCUUCAUCUGAGCUGCCGGGGAUGGGAGGUGGAGAGGGUAUGUGUGUGGAUUGGAUGCAGAGAGGAAAGUCCGGCAUAAACAAAUCAGCCCUAAGGAAUGGCCAGAGGAAGGAGAGGGGUCUGCUGCUCUGCGGUGGACCGCUCUGAAUCGGUGGUAUUUGGACACAAGAAAGGCCACCUCACUCACAAAGAUAAGAGACCACCUCACUCACAAAGAUAGGUGAGCUGUGUGCAGGGAGAAGGUUUUGCUGUAUGGCCUGGACGUUUCUGUGGGGGCAGGAAGGAAAGGCGCAAAGGAGAGAUGGCAAGGGACGGUUGCCGGAGGGGAGUGUCGGAGAAACAAGAGGUGUAUUGAUAACUGCACAGGUGGCUUUUGUUGUGUGUUUGACGCAGGCCGCACCCAGCCAGGAUCAAGCCCGCUCUUAUGCCUCCAUUUGCGACAGAGGCAGGCAAGUGGGUGUCACCGUCAGCCAAGCAACAAUAGGAGCCUGUGUGUUUUCUUCUACUGCUGCUUUUGUUUUCUGCUCCCUGCUGCUUCCCAGCAGAUCUUUGCCCGAGGCCGGUGCCACAGGCUGACAUUGUGCAGGUUCUGGUGGGGAGGGGGAAAUGGGUGAAAAGGGCCUGCACCUCCCACUGUGCCACCAGGAUGAUCAUAUUGGGGCCUCCAUCCGGCAGCCAUCUUGGUUUGGGAUGUUCUGAGGACCUGGCGGUAGUUACAGCGUUCUCUGGCCUUCUUCAGUCUCCAGAUGUUGCUGGACUUGUUGGAAGUGCAAAAGCAGGGAUCAUUUAGUUUGUAAUGUAAGGGUUAAUGUUAGUCAACUAGACAAGAGGAUGGCAGGUAGAGAUGUUGCUUAGCAACUAGACAGAGUGGCAUGAUCUUCACUGAGGCAGCACAUUCUCUGACUGGUUGUGUAGUUCUGAGGGAGUUUUCCUCUGUACGUUUGGAUGAAUGUCUCCCUGCUAUGUACAAAGGCUGAAGUAAGAAAGACAAUGCCUCCUGUUCCUUUCUCCUAAGAUUAUUCGUUGUUUUCAUUUAUUAUUUGUAAAACAUAGCUAUACAGUGGUACCUUGGGUUACAUACGCUUCAGAUUACAUACGCUUCAGGUUACACACUCCACUAAGCCAGAAAUAGUGCUUCAGGUUAAGAACUUUGAUUCAGAAUAAGAACAGAAAUCAGGCUCUGGCAGCGCGGCGGCAGCAGGAGGCCCCAUUAGCUAAAGUGGCGCUUCAGGUUAAGUACUGACCUCUGGAACGAAUUAAAGCCCAGCCAGCAGCCAAACGAAGGCACAAGGCAUGCAAGCUCCACCCCCCAGUCAUUCUUAGACUCCUUAUUGGGUGAGCAACGUAGCCAAGCAACACAGUUGGAGCCUCCCUCCUCCCUGGCCGGCAGGGAGGGAGGGAGAGGAGCUGCUUCCUUUGAAACCCGGGAAAUUUAAGGGACAUCAUCAAUAAGGGACAGCAGCGGGACACAGCACUGGGAUAAGGGACUUUCCCGCCAAAUAAGGGACGGUUGACAGUUAUGCUCUGGAGGCAGCAAAGGAGCAUCUCUCCACUGCCUUGGCUGCCACAGGGUAGGCCCAAUUAGGAGCCUGAACGUGCGGUUGGCUCUGGAUCUGCCUGCCACCUGAACAGCAGUCCUGACGAGCCUUAGAGAUGAGAGCCAUACAAGGUGGUGAGCCUGUUUAUUUUGCAAGCCUUCCUUUGGCCUUUUCUCCCCACUCCCCAAUCUGGGCAUCGGUGUGAGGAGCCGUCCUCACUUUGGCAAUGUCUGCUGGCUCAGCCCAGAAUGCCUUGCUGAUAAAUCAUUGAACUGGAGAUGUUGAGAAGCCCAGCAAGCUAUUGCGGUAUCUUGUGUCUAUGAGUUAUCAUAGUAUCUGGUGUCUGGGCACGUUAGACCUAGCAGGGAUUUGAAAUUGCAAGAAUUGCCCUUUUCUUGAUCACGGCAGCUGUGAUCAGAUUCCUUCAGCUUUCUUUUUUUAAGUAUAUUCAGAUCAUGACUGUACUCAAAGCUGCUGAAAGGGUUUUGUGCCUAGGAGCAGAAGGGAGUCCUGCCUUUUUUGCGAUCAUCCUCUUGCAAUCAGAUAUGCUAAAGAGCCGUUUCCCUUCUCCAAGUCCUGGUCCUUAUGAAGCCAAAACAGCACCAUCCGAAGAGACACCCUCAGAAGAAGGAGAUGUCAGCAGACUCAGGGAAACACCGAUGUUUGCACAACCACAAAAAAGAGAGUCAAAUGUUGACUGAGCAUGCUCAGUGGGUACAGAAUGCUGAAUUAUUGUUGGAGACGCAAUGAUUGCAGAAGAAUCAAGUGGCUGGAACUCUGAAUGGGAGCAAGUGGGCCUGACUUGCAAGUGUAUUUCAUUUUUAUCUCCAAGAAGCACAGUGUAGCAUGCCUAGAUCUUCUGUUUCUCUCCCCACCCCCUCCCCUGGUUGCUCCCACUUUUAUCCUCACACAACAUCCCUGUGAGGUGGGUUAACUAGGCAGUUUGAAUCAAGGUCAACCCAUGAAUAAUGUAGCUGAGUGUGGGUUUCUCUCUCCUCGCCCUCCAUGCUGUGAAUGUUUAGACUCCACCUGGGCUUUUGUGGAAGUUAAAUCUGCCUUGCAUAUAGCAAUGCUAGGAUUUCACCUCUGCUUUGCAUGAAAAAGCUCCUGGGUUCAAUCCUCAGAUCUCCAGGAAGUGAUGGGAAAGACCCCUGCCUGGAACCCUGGACAGCUCUUGCUGCCAGUCAGUGUAGGCAAUGUUGGGUUAGAUGGUCCAGUGGGCAAAAACGCAUUUGUUACAAGAGAUAAGAAGCGGAUUGGUCUACUGGCUGCUGGUGUCACAGCAACAGCCUACCUGUGCAACUGGGGAAACAAGCUGAUUGGUCUGCUGGCUAGUGAUGUCACAGAAGGGCCCUUAACUCUACAUUGAGAGAGCCUUUUCCAUCUUGCUAGGAUGGAACAUUUACAUAGGUAUUAGGAAUAGGGGUCUCAAAAUCUCUUCAAUUAAUUUAGGGGGGGGAAAUAGUUUGACGGAAAUGUCAAAAGCCCUACUCACAUGGCAAUGUUUCUCUAUUCAGUGUGGACAACCUGAAACUUGUUGGAAGCGAAGAACUGUAGCUCUGAAGGUCUUCUGCUUAGGUCCUCAGCUCCACCGCAGAACAUCUGAACUCCCUUGAGUGAGUCAUAUUUUCUCACAGGCUUAAGAUUUUCCAUCAGUACAAGGAGGGUGGGAUGAAAACAAUUUCAGCUAUGAUCCCUUUGUGAGUGUUCUUCUCUUGCAUGUGUUACUGGUUGACAUUUUAUCUUUCCACACCAUGCUGCUAUGCUUGCAAAUUCAUUUGCUUUUCCUUUCUCAUAAGUGAGGAGUGUGGGGGUGCUUCACCAACAACAUCUACAAAAUUCAUCUCUCUGCUGUAGCUGCUGGUCUGGCCAGAGAGCUAGAAGCCACACGGCGGCAGCUCCUUUGUCUUCUAAGAUUGACAGAUAUCUUAAUUUUAAAACAUAAACAGGCCUUUGCUCCUCCUGGAACAAUAAGGACUAGAAACUUAACACUUUCUAAACUUGAAAAAUGCAUUUGAUUUCUGCAUGGAACUUGAAUGUGCCUGUUAUGGAGCAACUUACUGCCUGAUUCGGGUAGAAAAUAAAAUAAAUCAUACUUUUCGAUAUCAACCAUGCUGCCUAUGUUCCUGGCGACAGUUGGGUUUAUAAGUGUAAUUUCCCAAGAAUCUAUUAAAUGCAGGUGCUUUUUGGCACGUUGAGGAUUAGUAAUCAGUUGUUCCAGGCAUAACAUUUCACUUAUUUUAUUAUUUCCUGGGACGACUGGCAACAUUUCCUGAGACGACUCACAAGUGGGGGCGGAGGGGCGGAUUAUGCAUAUGAUAUUCUUGCUGAGUCUGCCUGGAAAUACAGAGGACCCUUGUAGCAGUAAUAAAGAUUGAAUGUAAAUCAAAAGUCGUUAGAGUCUGCACCAAGGAGAACCCAUAUCCUACCAACAGAAUUCCUGAGAUUUUAUGCCAUAACUCUCUGUAUUGUUAUGCGUUCCCUGAGCAGUUAGAUUUCUGUGAGCAGGGCUACCCGUGUGGAAAUAUGCAGAGGCAAUACCUGGAUGUGACGAAAGAGUGCUAUUAACUCCCCUACCCACCCAGCCCAAGGAUGUGUUUCCAUGGGAUCUAAAAUAUCCGACAAUGACCAGGAAUUGGUUGGAGACUCACCUGGAAGGCGGGUGGCUAUUUUGGAAAACCCUAGUUAGCCAGCAAUGAUGCUGAUAAUAAUAAAAUAAAAUUAUUUAUUUAUUUAUACAUACCCCACCCAUCUGGCUGUUUCCCUAACCACUUUGGGUGGCUCCCAACAGAAUACAGUGGCACCUCGGGUUACAUACGCUUCAGGUUGCAGACGCUUCAGGUUACAGACUCCGCUAACCAGAAAUAGUACCUCAGAUUAAGAACUUUGCUUCAGGAUGAGAACAGAAAUCGUGCUCCGGCGGCGCAGCAGCAGCUGGAGGCCCCAUUAGCUAAAGUGGUGCUUCAGGUUAAGAACAGUUUCAUGUUGCGAACGGGCCUUCGGAAUGGAUCCCAUUCACAACCAGAGGUACCACUGUAUGAAAAACACGAUAAAACAUCAAAUGUCAAAAACGUCCCUAAACAGGGCUGCCUCCAGAUGUCUUCUAAAAGUCAGAUAGUUGUUCAUUUCCUUGACAUCUGAUGGGAGGGCAUUCCACAGGGUGGGCACCACUACCGAGAAGGCCCUCUGGAAGGAAGUCAAGACAUGCAUUCAUUCAUUCAUUUAUGCUGCCACCUAUAUACAUCAGGGGUGGGGAAACAAAGGGCCGUCUUCCCUCGUGGCAAACAUCCCAGGGGCCAUUUCCCCCUGGUGGGUGGGGCCAGAGGCAGAAGUGGGUGGAGCUUCUGGGAUGUGCUUCUUACCUUUGUACACAGACACCUUACAAUCUAGAACAGGCACAGGGAAACAGGAGAGGAAGGGGGCAAAUGCAGGCAACGUUCCCUGUGAGGAGGAAUCGAUGGUUAGAAACCGUUCUGGGAAUUGUAGCUCUGGGAGGGGAAUAGAGGGGCCUCCUAACAGCUCUCGGCACCCUUAACCAACUACAGCUCCUGGGAUUCUUUGGGGGAAGCCAUGGCCAUGUCAUGUGCUAUCACAGCACUUGAAAUGUGUAAUGAAUGUGGCCUAUGAGGGAAUGCAGCAGCUCCACUUCAGAGUAAAAAGGCUUCCCUAUCCCUGUGGCAGACCUAGGAGAUGAGUUUGAGCUCUCUAAGCCUCUAAGGGUGCUGGCUGUCUCCCUUGAGAUCUGCUCCAGCCUUAGUUGACUUUACAAUACAAUACUAUACGAUAAUCUUUAUUGUCAUUGUCCCAUACAGAACAAGGAAAUUGAAAAAACCUACGUAAGACAUUCAAAAACCAACAAGCCUGCUAUCCCAGCUAUUCCAACCUGGUUAGCCCCCCCAAAACUCUCAUACCCCAUUUUUAAAUACAAUAUACUCCCAUAGAGACUCCUUACACUGCAUUUAAAACCAAAAUCGCAUUUGGAUAGAAACUGUUUGCCUCUCUGCUGGACUAUUUCAAUGACACCUUUCACCUUUGCUGCACGACACGUAAAUCAAUGCAUAUGUUACAAAAUGCCGGUGAACGUCCAGUGACCUCCUUCCGAAGGAAAUCAAACCUGGGUAAUCAAACCUGUGUCCCUGGAACAUCUCGCUGCUCAGAGAAGUGGAUCGUGCUUACCAGCAUGUGGAAAAUAACUGUGCAAAUGGAUGGAUCCAAACGAGUUGAACUUAAGUUCUCAUGGAAACCAAUGAGACCAGUUAGUCCCAUGGAUUUUAACAGAAAGAAAUCUCAACGGUUUAGGCUGCAGUCCUAACCCCAUGUAUUUGGGAGUAAAGCUAUGUGGAAUUCAGGCUGGUCUGCAGUUCCUUACCCAGAGCAGUGUCAUAAUGCAGAAUGAAUUGAGAUCUGCUUUUUCUCUCUUUUUCUUUCAAGAAUUUCAGUUCUGUUAGGCUGUGUGACCAAAAAAAAAAAAACAACACAAAAAAAAGACCGUUCAGUGGGUGGGCUAAUUAAAGCUGCCCCUGUCAUGCUUCAGUUCCUGAUUGGCUCACUGGCCGUUUGAGGGAAGAAGUGACAGGCAGAGUUGCCUGCAAAUAAUAACCCGUGUGGUGUAGUGGUUAGUGUGUUGGACUACGGACCUGAGAGACCAGGGUUCUCGUCCCCACUCUGCCAUGAAACUCACUGGGUGACCUUGAGCCAGUCCCUGUCUUUCUGCCUCACCUUCCUCACAGCGUUGUUGUGAAGAUGAGAUGGGGAGCAGGAGAACCAUCAGGCAUGCCACCUUGAGCCCCUUGAAGGAAAGGUGUGGUAUUAAUCAAUCAAUCAAUGACCAGGUGGAUAGCUCAGUUGGUUAGAGCAUGGUGCUGACAUUGCCGAAGUUGCAGGUUAGAUCCCUAUAAGGGACAGCUGCAUAUUCCUGCGUUGCAGGGGGUUGGACUAGAUGAUCCUCAGGGUCCCUUCCAAUUCUAUGGGAAUAAUCUCCAAAUGAAUCCGGACUUCAAUGUCUAAAAUCCCUGGUAGAGGACAAGGAUCCUGAGAUCACGCUAAGGGUAGCCAAAUUCUGUGCGAUUGCCAUAAAACUUAGGGAAGAAGCUGUGCUAUCAUAAUGAUUAAGGUUUUAAAUGAUAAUUUUAGGUUAUAUGUUAGUGACUAAGUUUUAAUUUAUAUAUUUUUAACUUGCUAUAUCUGUAUUGUCCCUCUUAUACCUAACUGCAAAUUAAAAUGUAUCCCUAUCGUGUUUUAUGACUUCCUUGAUACUGUAUGUGGGCUGGAACCGGUCUGUGACCAAAAUAAUAAAAUUCAACUAAUUCUAUGGGAAUAUUUCCCAGCUACCUCUGGGUCAAUGACCCUGUAUCGAUGAUCUGCUCUCCGGAAAUGUAGAUUGCAAUCAUAGCCCCGAGAGCGUGCAAACCGAAAAAAGCUAGCAGGCCUUGGCUUGGGCAACCCAGUAGUUGCCACUGACCAUUGUUUGAAUAGCUACAUGCAGAAAUUCAACUGGUAAAGCUUUCUCCCUACCAUUUCAGUGGAACAGACUCCCACGAAUGCAGAAAUUCAACUGGUAAAGCUUUCUCCCUACCAUUUCAGUGGAACAGACGAGAGGUAGUAGACUCUCCUUCCUUGGAGGUUUUUAACAGAGGUUGGCUGAGAUUCCUGCAUUGCAGGGGGUUGGACUAGAUGACCCUUGGGUCCCUUCCAACUCGUAAGUUUCUAUGAUUCUAUUUCACCAGCUGCAUGCUGAGAAAAGCUUCACUGCUGGAUUUCUGCCUGUCACACAGGAGCCUUCCAAAGCAGGAGGGGAAGAAAGUUGGCAAGGCUAGAAGCCCAAAGUUGUUGUGUUCAAUACAGUCCUGCUGUAACCAAAAUACAUUUGAUGCCUCUGUUUAGACACCACAGAAGCAAAACAUGUAAAGUGUCUCUGCCCUCUGCUGGAACGUCAGAGCAAAGCAAGCAGGGGGACUGAUUUAUUUAUUUACUCAUCUUCUAAAGCAUUUUUAAUCCCAUUCUUCAGCGAAAAAAAUGGUCCCAGGGUGGCUUUUAUUUAGCCAUUAUAUUUUAAGUGUUUGCACCCAACCGUUAUGUGGUGUUGGGGCUUUACAAUAAAUAGAAGAAGAAUAAAACAAAAAGUACUCCCAGCUAUGUACAAUAAAACAGCAAUUGUUCCUCCUGUUAUCAUUGCUCAGCCAGUGCAUGCAGUUCCCUUUGGUAACCAAAGCAGCACCCAUCCAUGCGCAAGAAGGAAGCAUCAGCAGGGCUUGGGGAACCUCGAGGUUUGCAGAAGGACGAAAUAGGAUCCAAAGCAGCCUAAUAAGACUUGUAUCUGAUCAGUGCCCGUGCAGUAAGGAAAAUUGGGGGUGGAGUCUUCUUGUGGCUUUAAAUUGUUAGCUGCCUUCGGUUUCUUCUGAGAAAAAUUAGGCAGAUUGUACAUUUUUUAAAAGAUAAAAAUAGAUAAACCAUAAGAAGGAACACUCCACACUCCAACAUUUUUGCUACAGGUCCCAUUUGUUGCAGUCCAAAGCAGCAGAUGGCAGAAUAGCAUAGAAGCUGGAGAUAAAAAGUCACAAUUAAAAUGCCUGGAAGAACUUUUAAAAAAGAUAUUUGCGUGCGUGCUCAGCGUCCGCAGCCAACAUCGGACAUUUGCACAGGUUGGCUCUCAGCCUUCCUUUGCCAUCACCACUCUCAUUUGAGACCAGGUAGCAGCUUGACCGCAAGCCCAGUUCUGGUCGACGGUGAUGGGACUUGCAGUCCAACUAUAUCUGGAGGGUCAUGGCUUCCUUACCCCUGGCCUACACAUUAGUGGAAGGCCAUCCUGAACAGUCCAAAGUGUGUCACACGUGACACGUUAAAUUCUUCAAGCAACGUAAGCCCCCAAAUAUCUGAAAGACCAUCUUCCAUAAACCCCCCUCAGGUAUUAAGAUUGACAGAGCUCUCUUGGUUGUUCCACCACCCUUAGAAGUGGUGGCCUGGGAGAGGGGAUUCUCUCAGCAGCCCCUGAGCAGUGGGAUUCCCUCCCCACAGAGAUGUGCCUGGCUCUUUCACUGCAUGGCUUCUGUCAAAUGCUAAAAGCCCUGACAGAUGUGUGUCCGGUUGCAUGUGUGUUCACCCAAGAACCACAAAGGUAAAGGGACCCCUGACCAUUAGGUCCAGUCGUGACUGACUCUGGGGUUACAGUGCUCAUCUCACUUUACUGACUGAGGGAUCCGGCGUACAGCUUCCGGGUCAUGUGGCCAGCAUGACUAAGCCGCUUCUGGCGAACCAGAGCAGUGCACGGAAAUGCUGUUUACCUUCCCGCCGGAGUGGUACCUAUUUAUCUACUUGCACUUUGAGGUGCUUUCGAACUGCUAGGUUGGCAGGAGCUGGGACUGAGCAACGGGAGCUCACCCUGUCGCAGGGAUUCAAACUGCUGACCUUCUGAUCAGCAAGCCCUAGGCUCUGUGGUUUAGACCACAGUGCCACCUGCCAUAGAAUCAUAGAAUUGUAGACUUAGAAGGGACCCCAGGGGUUAUCUAGUCCAACCCCCUGCAAUGCAGGAAUUGCAACAGAAUCAUCCGUGGCAGAUUGGCCAUCCAACCUCCACUUAGAAAUCUCCAAGGAAGGAGAGUCUGCAACCUCCCAAGGGAGUCCAUUCCACUGUCAAACAGAAGUAGUGUAGAAGAAGAGUUUGGAUUUGAUAUCCCGCUUUAUCACUACCCUAAGGAGUCUCAAAGCAGCUAACAAUCUCCUUUCCCUUCCUCCCCCACAACAAACACUCUGUGAGGUGAGUGGGGCUGAGAGACUUCAGAGAAGUGUGACUGGCCCAAGGUCACCCAGCAGCUGCAUGUGGAGGAGAGGGGAAUCGAACCCGGUUCGCCAGAUUACGAGUCCACCACUCUUAACCACUACACCACAUUGGCUCUUACUGUCAGAAAGCUCUUCCUGAUGUUGAGUCAGAACUUCCUUUCUUGUAACCUGAAGCCAUGGGUUCAAGUCCUAUUUCUUGGAGGUGAAUUGUUUUAAUUUAUAAUUGAUUAUUAAAUUUCCAUCCCAUCUUUUCCCCAAGGAGAUCAAGGGGGCAUAUCUGAAAGACCAUCUCCAUUUCCCCCUCACAGCAACCCUGCAACGUGGGUUAGGCUGAGAGGGCCCAAGGUCACCCAGCAUGCUUCACAGUCAAGUGGGCAUUUGAACCCUUCUCUCCCAGGUCUCAGUAGUCCAGUGCUAUAUCCCACUGGCUCUCUAACUCAUCGCAAUUGGUUUUAAACUGUUUUUAAAAAUUGAUUUUAUUAUUUUCAGAGUGAACAAACAACGAAUACGCUUCUCCGCAAGAGUGCUACAUCUUGCCAAACAAAUUGUUUUUAAGAUGCAAACCAUUCCCCUUGUUAAAUAAAAAUAUCGUUGCACAAAUCUGGAUGAGAAGCAGGUGGUCUCUAUCCGUGUUCCUUUUUUUAGCUCAUAUGAAUUAAAACUGAACCAAGUUGCAGAAAAUCUGCCUGGCUUUUUGCGGGUUUUUCGUUUGUGUAACCUCUCCGCCAGGCCAGGUUUCCUGUGCAAAUUAGGCUUGAAAGCUGUAUACACCAUAAAUCUAUAAAGAUCUCCGAAAACUAUUUGUAAUUGUUUUCAUGUGUGAGUGGGGUGGGUGUUUAGGAUCAGGUUAGCCAUUUUGAUUUGUAUGCUGUUGGUGGAUAUUUGUCAUUGUCUUGUUGGGCUGUGUAUGUGAUAAAGGGGUGCCAUACCGGGGUGAAGGCGUCUUCUUCUAUUUGUCCCCAUGUCAGUUUCAGUUUAUUGGUUAAUUUUUCUAGUAAGGCUGUUUCCCAUACUAUUUGGUACCAUUGGUCCGUGCUUAUUCCUGACAGGUCUCUCCAGUGUCUGGUUAUGAUGUUUCUGGCUGCUUUCCCCCUAUUCUUCCUAAUGUCUCAACAAAUGAAACCGAUUUGUUAAAAAAAAAAGUUACGUGGAAGAAAAAAAUACAAGAGAGAGACAUCGCACAUACCUUUGUAAAUCAAGAAAAUCUUUAAUAAAAAUGCAUUUUAAAAAAACACCUAUUUGUAAUUGUUUUGAUUGACAUUGUUGUAACCUGGAAUCUUAUGGUGAAUGGCAACUUCACAACAAUGGUGAUGAUGGUGUUAACCUCUGCUGGUUGCUGCUGCAGGUUUCCUGUUGCCAUUUUAGCUGUGUAUUCUUUUCCUUUCUUUGUUCGUCUUAUUGAUUAUUGCUGUCAUUUCUUUUUUUGUUGUUGUUCAUUUCCUGAUCUCUGCUUUGGAAUAUUCUGAUUUGCUUUGUGGUGGCAGAUUGGUUUUCGUUUGUUGCUGGAGUGCUUUCCUGUUUUACUGAAAUGGUGAUGUCGAAUUGGGUUUUAUCUUGUACACCACUCAGGGAAAAGAGCGGAUGGCCAUAGAUGCUGUUGCAGAUGGGGCUACUACACCUUUAACAAUUUGCCAUUCAAGCUGCACUACUAUUAAAGGUGCAGAAGCCCACUUUUGCAGCCAGUCACUCUAGGUAAAGGGGUCGGAUAGAUAAAUAUUACAGAAAGCCCAAGCAGUUGUUCUUAUGCUGUUGAUUUAAACCUGCUUCUUCUUCUUCUCCUCUUCCUUAGACCAACCAUUGCAAAGUAAUAACAGCAUGAAGUGCUUCUACAAAGCUCUCCUCAUCUCCUGGGUCCUGUUUGAAGGUAUGUCUCAGAGGCAGGGUGCAAUCUCGCCUCUGGUGUUCUCACAGCCUGCAAAGCUGUGACCCACCAAUCCCAAAUGCAGACCCACCAGAAGUUUAAGGAUGUAUGGAGACCCUCCAGAGGCAUGCUAAACAAAGGGUGAGGAACCAAGGGUCCAAGGGCCAAAUAAAGCUUCCAGGUCUUUCCAUCUGGUCCUCAAGACUCUCCCUAGGCCACACCAGUUCCCGUGACACACCCCUCAUUGGCCCUUCUCACCCCAAGCCCCACAAGCCCCUCUAUGAGGCAGUGAUGACCACCAACUUGGAUUAGGCAAAUUCAUGGAAGAUAAGACUAGCCGUUGUGGCCCUAAUGGCUAUGUUCUGCCAUCACUGUUGGAGGCAGUAACACCCUCAACACCAGUUGCUGGGAAUCACAAGUGGGGAGAGCACUCUUGUGCUCGGAUCCUGCAUCUGAGCAGCCACUGUGGGAACAGGAUGCUGGACUAGAUUGGCCAUUGAUCUGAUCCAGUACUUGUGUUCUUCCUAGGGGCUGCACCCUUGCCUGCUCGGCUUACAAAGCCCCAUUCCUCUUCCCAGCAGAUGCAGCCACCAAGCUUGCUUUUCACCUUCUUCUGUUCUGCAGCUCCAUUUUGCACCCAUUCAUCCCUGUGUCCAUGCCUUCACCUGCUCUUUUUGUGGAACACCCCCCUGCACACAAACCACACCCCUGUUCUGUAAGACCCUUUCUGAUAACCUAGAAAGAUACCAUGCAAUCCACGCUUGUCUAACUUGGAGUUUUGUGGUGAGCGAACCCACAUGUCAGAACCAAAAUCUUCAUGUGUUUGAUGUAUGGCUUCUUGCCAAACAUCUUCUCAUAGGGGGUACAACCAAUCGCUGAAGAUAAUCUGCGAUUGUAACUGUAAACAAAACACGAGAGAGAUUCGGCCCAAUAACUCUCUGGAAGAUUGGCAUCAUGCAGCAAGGUUUUUAAUCCUUGAAGCAAUGUCUGAUUUGCCUGCUCCGCAAGUCCAUUCUGCCAUGGCGAGCGAGGACUAGACAAAUCGUGUUGAAUUCCUUUCUCAGUCAGAAAAGCUUCAAACUGCUGAGAAGUGAAUUCCCCCCCGCGAUCACUGAAAAGAGUCUUUAUUUUCUUACCAUGUACAUUUUCCAACCAAGCACAGAAUUCCUUGAACCUAGGAAAAGCCUCCGAUUUCUGCUUGAGAUUGUACACAAAAAUAUAUCUAGAAAAUGCAUCAAUGAGAACCAUGAAGUAUCUAUUUCCACCCAAAGAGGGCGCUAGUGGUCCAACCAAAUCAGCAUGAACAACCUGGUAUGGUUCUGUAGCUUUCCUACUAGACACCUUACCUUUCGCAGCCAUUUUCACCUUGUUUGCUGCGCAUGCUUUGCACUUCAUGUGGUACCUGCAGGGUUUAAUAGUCAUACCUUCAACUAAGGCAGGCAUUUUAGAUACUGCCUCAAAAUGCAAAUGACCAAAUUUGCGAUGAAAAUCGUGAAUACAUUCUGCAUGCAAACUUUUGUUAGAACCUGCAAUGCAACAAGUGUCAUCCUGCACCACAUCAUCAUAAUACAAAACAAACAAAUGAUCAACAUAUUCUGCAUGCAAUACAUAAUCAUUUUUCUUUGUGAUGAUGCACUUCUUGUUCUUGAAGGAAACGUCAAUGUUCCGCCUCAUUCAGCUGUCCAACGCUGAGCAGAUUAUGUUUGGCGUCUGGCACGUAAAGCACAUUCUGUAUCGAUAAGUCCAAACUGUGAAGAACAACAGUUGCGUAGCCUUUACUGGGAAUAGUGUGGUCAUCCGCCUGGUGAAUCGCACCUUCCUGCGGUGUAAAAGACACAAACAGUUUCUUAUCGUUGCACAUGUGGUGGGUCGCCGCUGAAUCAAUCACGAAGAAAGAUCUAGACGUCUUCUGGACCUCUGCAACCUUUGGAGUGAAGCGUGAAACCAUAGCCUUGUGCUGCGUUGUCCUAGACACCGGACCUUUGCCUUUGCCUCGGCCUUUUCCGCGCGAUGAGCUCGCUGCGCUGCUCUGUCUUGGCCCUGGGAUGUCUGCAUUCCCUCUUCAUAUGGCCUAGACGUCCACACGAGUAGCAUUUCACUGCCUCCAAAGCUUUGGCGCCAUCUGGUGGUUCCACUGCACUAUGGGAUGACGUCUGUGAAGACUCCCCCUUGCCCAUGCAGCCAGCACCCCGGCGAUCUGCUUCAUUUAAAAUCACGGCAGUAACAAAGUCCACUGUCAGCUGAGCAGUUGGUUGCACAGCAAUCUGGGUUGCAACAGACUCCCAACCUGAACCCAAAGAUUGUAGUAUCAUGAAAGAAUACACAGCCUCUGGAAAGUUGAGUCCUCUCUGUUGCAGCUCAUGUCUCAGAUUUUGCAUCUCCAUUAGAUGUAAACGCACAUCUCCACCUUCAGCAAGAGCCAUAUUGUGCAGCUUGUUAAAAUAAAACAUAGUGGAUCCAGCUUCUGUCCUUAAGUGAGCCUCUUUCAGAGCGUCCCAAAUUUCUCUGGCUGAGGUCUUAUCACGCAAUAGACAGAGCUCUUCUGGGGAUACUAUCAAUGUAAGAGUUCCCUUGCUUUGGAAUCCUUAGCUUCCCAUGCAUCUGUAACUGGAACUGGGGGUUCCUGUAAUCACCUCAAACAAACCCUCUUCCGCAGAAUUGCCUCUGCAUACUGAACCCAGUCGCUGUAAUUUGUCUUGUUGAGCUUAGGAAUCCCACAAGCAUCCUGAAGGGCCAUCAUGACUCUGGCAUUAGCCUUCAGCGUCAUUAUAUGCUGCUUUAAAUCUUGCUGCGUCACUGCUGCAGCUGCCUCAUUACAAAGGCACACUUAAAAGUUACUUUCGAUUUCCCAGCAUAGUGACUUGUGCCUGGGAGCCUUUUGCCUAUUCCCGGCAAAACCGGCUUUAAAAGUUCAAAGUCCAGCCAUAAAGCCAUUAAUUUGAAGCUGGCAGGCUGCCCGGAGCAGUAGCACAUACCUCAUCAAUCACUUCUACGCGCAGAGCAGAUUCCUUUCCGAUCCGUCCCUCUGCAUUCCGAUCUGCCGGCACUGCGAUUCGACCUCUGGGCCCAUAACCACGUGUUGAUUUAAAGCAGAGUCUGUCGUGUCCAGCGGAAGGAUGACGAUACGAGUUACAUACUCUAUAUUGCUUUAUUUACAGUUCAAAGCUGGUAUAUUACAGAAAGGCAUCUUGCCUCUGCAGAAGCAGAAAAAUGCAUGCUCUCUCCUCAACAGCUUGGAGAGAAUCACAGUGAAAAACAGGAAACCAGUGUACGUCACAUCCAGUCUCCCUUUCCCGUGAGAAACUCCAACAGUACCUCUGACUGUGGAAUGCAAAACAAUGUCUUGUGACUGCAGUUGCUGCUCAGUGAGGGAAAUAGAAACCAACAGUAACAUCCUGCAUGUUCGUCCGUUCCCCACCCCCAAUGAAUUGCAACUACCAAGCGUCCUUUGGACCAUCCUUUCUCAACUUGUGGGUCCCCAUAUGUUGUUGAACUACAGCUCCCAUCAUCCCUAGCUAGCAAGGCCAGAGCUCAGGGAUGAUGGGAGUUGUAGUCCAACAACAUCGGGGGACCCACAGGUUGAGAACCGCUGCUUUAGACCAUGGGUAGGCAAACUAAGGCCCGGGGGCCAGAUCUGGCCCAAUCGCCUUCUCAAUCCGGCCCACAGACAGUCCGGGAAUCAGUGUGUUUUUACAUGAGUAGAAUGUGUCCUUUUAUUUAAAAUGCAUCUCUGGGUUAUUUGUGGGGCAUAAUAAUUUGUUCAUUUCCCCCCCCCAAAUAUAGUCUGGCCCCCACAAGGUCUGAGGGACAGUGGACCAGCCUCCUGCAGAAAAAAGUUUGCUGACCCCUGCUUUAGACUUUCUGCCCAGUUAUGAAGCUACUAUCUCCUCUUCAGACCCUUUCACAUCCCUGGUUUCAUCUUCAAUCCCGUCCCCAUGCCUCCUACUCCCAGACUUUCGUCAUCCCAUUUUGCACUCCUCAUUUUCACUUCCAUUCCCUGUUUUCCUCCCCCUUACUUUUCUCAACUCUCCUUUGCACAUAGAUCACCCCUGGGCUCAUGCCUGCUCUUAUCUAUUCUGCAGCCGCCUCUGUGCACACACAACCCAUUCUAAUAUAUGUUACUGUAACUGUAGCCUGCUGGUUAGUUUCUUCAGUUGGAGAAGGUUGAGUUCAGUUGAUGGAUGCUGUAUGUGCAUGUAUGGGUGUUUGCUUGCUAAUAAAACAUUUCUUCUAAAUUGCUACGUUGAAUCUGGAACUUCAUGUUGAAGACAACACAUGGUACCAGGAGUGAAAUACAUUGUGUGAAGGUACUAUGGAAUAUUUGAGGGCCCCACAUCCUUUAUUUCUCUGACAUCAGACAAUUGAGGAAUGGAAGAGGGAGAAGCUUGAAACAACCUAUUUUUCCCCUUCCUUUUAGCGUCCCUUCCUUCUCACUGUACUCAAACAACAGAAGAGGUUUGAGUAAAGCAGGGAUGGCGAGACACAGGAGAGUUGUUUUCUUAAACAAAGAAAGGAAGAAACCAGUUUUAACAAGGAUAAAACAGCAGAGAUGGGUGGAACAGAGAGGCUAACGCAGAAAAAGCUAACACAUAAAAGCUAACACAUCAGAGACUUUCCUUUCUCACUUUACUCAAACCUUGUUUAAACCCAGGAUUGUGAUGUGGCACUGCAAAUCCUCCAUUGCAGGCUGCAUGAUAAUAGCCUUACACACAUACACACACACACACAUAUACAUACAUACAGGCAGAUAUUCUUAAUGUGUCCUGGAACUGUGAUAUUGCCUCUUACUUGCCUAGACAGAGAGGUAUGGAUUUUGCAAGGCACAUGGCUUGUAUGCAGCCUACUGUAUCACAUCUAUUGCUCUGCCCAUUUUUUGGCCUCCUAAUGCUGGCAUAUGGAAUGUGGCUCCAGGACUGAAAAAUAUUCCCCCCUCCUGUGCUAAACCUUCUGUGUUUUGUUGCUCCAUCAUUGCAUUGUACACAGCUGAUGCACUCGUUUGGCAGAGACUCUCCUGUUGCAAGCAAUGGCUUCAGCAGCACAGGGGAUCUGACCCAAAGCAAAAGUCCAGAUUCAGGCAGCCAGAGCAAGGCGAGGCAAAGCAGAGCAAAGUUUAGUUCAUCCUUUUCCAACCUCGUGCCUUCCAGAUCUUUUCAGCUACAGUUCCCAUCAGUUGCAGUUAGAACGACCAGCGAUCAGGGAUGAUGGGUGGUGCAGUUGUCCAACGCAUUUGGAAGGUACCAACCUGGGGAAGGUCCUAGUGAGAUGAGGCGAGUGCCAAGAUUCCUUGGUACCUUGGAGAGCUCCAUGCAUGGCUCAAGCUGAAGAACCCAGCUCAAAUGUUGUUUCAGCACCAGCCAACCUCAGACUGAGCCUUAAAUGAGGAGGAGGAGGAGGAAGAUGAUGAUGAUGAUUAUUUAUUAUUAUUUAUACCCCACCCAUCUGGCUGGGUUUCCCCAGCCACUCUAGGCGGCUCCCAACAGAAUAUUAAAAACACAAUAAAACAUCAAACAUUAAAAACUUCCCUAAACAGGGCUGCCUUCAGAUGUCUUCUAAAAGUCAGAUAGUAGUUUAUUUCCUUAAAAUCUGAUGGGAGGGCAUUCCACAAGGCAGGCACCACUACUGAGAAGGCCCUCUGCCUGGUUCCCUGUAACCUCACUUCUCGCAGUGAGGGAACUGCCAGAAGGCCCUUGGAGGUGGACGUCAGUGUCCUAAGUAGCUGCGUCUGCCUUCAGCCAGAGGAGCCGCCUCAGUUAAAAAUUCCCCAGCCUGCUUUAACAGGCAGUGGCUCUGAUGAAGCAGGAGGAUACUGUGGUUCCACUAGGGCUUCUGAGUGGAGGUCAGAGGUGGGGCAACACAAUCUCCUUGGGCUGAAUAGGUUAGUAUGAGCAUCCAGGGUUUGCUCAGAGGACAGCUUCUUCUCUCUCUCUGAAUCCCUGCCCUUAUUCAACCCUGAGAUCAUAACAGAGACUGGAUCAUAGCAGUACAUGCCUACUCCAGAUUGUGUACAGCGAUUGAAGGUCCUGGCUCACCUACCUUAUGUGACAGCCCCCUCAGCUACCCUGUUUAGAAGUCUACUAAGGAGCGACUGCGUUAUUUGACUAAGUUGGAAGAAAGCCAGCAGGGAGCUUGUUGUUUUCCUUAUAGGCCCUUUCCUUUUCUCCCCCUCACUCCAACAUUGUGUAGGUAGAUCCAGACAGAUCUCUGCCGAGUGAUGGAAUUAAUUUUCACCUUUUUUUGUUCUUUUGGCCAUUACCCAUAGCCUCGUUUGCUAUGAAAAGCAAAGGAAGCUGUGUUGAUCCAGGAAAAGCGGAGGAGGGAAAUCAAAAUUCCCACAGUUGGACAUUGAAUGCCUUUAUAGGACCAGUCAAAACAUCACACAGUAACAAGAACAGGCUUUCAAGUUCUCCAAAACUCUUCACUGGGCUGGAUGUUAUAUACAGCAGGAGAGAAGAGGGAGGGAAUUAAAAAAGAUUUCCCCCCCAAAUAGCCUAGACACUGUAGGGUUGUCAUAUUUCAAAAAGUGAAAAGUUUUUGAGGUGUUGUUGUUUUUUUGCAAAGUCAUUGGGCUUUUUCCAGUUUUGGCCAAAGUUGUUGAGCUAUUUUUAAGGAAAUUCACCAAAGUCUACAUUUCCGACAUGGGCUGCCAUACGUCUGGAUUUUCAUGGACAUUUUUAGCAAUUUCCACCCGGACACUGUUUCUGAUGGCUAUGUCUGGGAAAUUCCAGAUGUAUGGCAACCCUACUAUAAGGUCUGUAUCUACUACAUCAGUCUCAAAAUGAAGGUAGCUAGCUUGUUUGGAUACAGUUCCUUCCAAGCAAUCUGUCAGUAGCAGACGGUGUAUUGGGCUGCUGGCGCUUAGCUGACCUCCCAGCAACUGAGGUUUACUUGGAGAGAGAGGCGGCGAGGAAGUUAGUGCAGUGCACAUGCACCAGUGGAGCCAAUGCAGAACUCCUACCAGUAUGUUUGCAUCAUGCUGAUCUCCCCACUGCCUCUCCCUGUACAGAGACUCAGUUGUCAGGAGGUUAGGUGAGCGGUGUCACCGCACGCCACCAGCUGCUACUGCAGUUUGUUUAUUCAUUCUGAUUUCUUUGCACAAAGUUUGUGGGGAGGUUAUGCUUUGUUGGCUUGCUUAUUUGAGCAUUCGUUUUGUUUGUGGGCAGGUUAUAAGACGUCGUGUCAAGCGAUUGCUUUCCCACACUUUCCAGUGCAUUUCCCUGGCACUUUCCUUACCGCAAAAAGUUCGAUUUUUUUUACAGAAGCGGAUUUGUUGCGCAGGAGUGCCAAAUCCACUUCCGUUGCGCAGCCUAACUUUGCCGGUAUGCAACUGAAUCCCACCUGCAAAAUAGCCACAGUCUGGAGGUGCCCUUAGUCUUCCUUAGGUGCUGCUACAAAUUGUAGGUUUUGCCUAUAAUUCUGGGACAAGGAAGCAAUACCUGAACCCCCAUUUUUGGAAACGGUUAUCUAGACCUGUCUCCAGCAUUAAGCAAAACAUGCUAGGCAGAGAGAGAGAGAGAGAGAGAGAGAGAUAGCAAUCUUUAUUUGAGCAAAGAUGGAGAUUAAUUUUAGGUGGUGUUAUAGUUAAAAGAAGAGAGAGAAUCAGCUGAAGUGAUUGAGCAUUUGCCUCAAAAAGUAAAGCUCCUCUUCAGGUGAUAGAAAAUUGCCUUCCUUUACUUGUAGAUUCUGCUUCCAAACAGAGAAAUUUCUCUUCAAGGCACAUAAAAAUCAAAGGAAGCCUUUUUGGGCCCAGUAGGGGAUACGAUUUGCAUGCAUGUUCAGUUCCCAUCAUCUCUGGAUAAGGCUCUUCUCCAAAAGCCUGGAGAGCCUCUGCCCAUUCAUAUACACCAGACUUUCCCAACCUGCCACCUUCCAGGUGUUUUGGACUCUUAUCAAGCCCAGCCAUCACUGCCAACCAUCGGAGAUUAUGGGAGCUGUUGUCCCAAACACCAGGAGGGCGCCAGGUUGGGAGACGCUGGUGUAGACAGUCCGAAGCUAGACAGACCAGGGAUGGGGAACCUGCAGCUUUCCAGUAGUUGCUGGACUCUGACUCCCAUCAUUCCCAGCCACGAUGGCCAGUGAUCCGGACGAAUGGGAUUUGUAGCCUUCUGGGCCACAACUUCCCCAUCCCUGAGAUAGGCCAUGUUUGCACCAUAUAUUUAAAGCGUUAUGCUACCACUUUAAACAUGCAUGGCUUCCCCCAAAGAAUUCUGGGAGCUGCAGUUUGUUAUGGUUGCUGAGAGUUCUUAAGAGACCCCUAUUACCCACCAAAAGCUGUCAAUCCCUCUUCAAAAAAACUCUGGAAACUUGUCGCUCUGCGAUGGGAACAGGUGACUCCCAACAACGCUCAGCACCUUUAAUAAACUACAGCUCCCAGAAUCCUUUGAGGGAAGCUGCAACUGUUCAGAGUGAUAUGGCACUGCUUUAAAUGUAUGGUGUGAAUGUGGCCUUGGUCUAGAGAAGCUUCCUAAAUGCUAUGUAUGUAUAUACAGUAUAAGCAAGUGGAAACAAGGCUGCUAUAGGUAGGAAUAGAGCCUUAUGGUGCUGCAGCAGCGGUUUAGCCUUGAAAGCAGGACGUGCAGGGGAGCAUGCCCGAAAGACGUACAAAACAGAGGAGGAGAGAGGUGGCCUUCUCUUCAUGGCUUCCUCUGCGUCUCUCUCUCACAGGGGUCCUGGCUGGUCCAUGGAGUGCCUGGAUGCCCGAGCACAUGUCCGCCUUUGAGGGCACCUGCGUCGUCAUCCCUUGCCGCUUCAGCUACCCCGACGAGCUGCGCCCGUCGGCCGUGCACGGCAUCUGGUACUUCAACAGCCCUUACCCCAAGAACUACCCGCCUGUGGUCUACAAAUCCCGCACCAACAUUGUCCAUGAGAGCUACUUGGGGCGCACCCGCCUGCUGGGAGAGCUGAACUUCCGCAACUGCACGCUGCAAAUCUCCCGCCUCAGCCCCGAGCUCACCGGCAAAUACUACUUCCGCGGGGACUUGGGAGGAUACAAUCAGUACACGUACCCUGAGCACUGCAACCUGGAGAUCAUCAGUGAGUACCAAGCCAGGCCUGCUCUAAUUCCCUUUUUCUGGGGGAGGGGGACUUUGUGCGCCGUUUUAUUGAACAAAGACUUUACAUCUCUGCCAGACUGUGCUUCUUGUGUGUGCUGACAUGCCUCUGAACCAGCCCAGAGAGAGGCAAGUCAUGCAAGUGAAGGGCCAGGUGCUUCCCCCUCCUCUCCUACACCACUGUCUCCCAGAACCAGGAGGAGAGUGAAAUGGGAGGAGCAGGGGAAGUUGUCAUGCAGGCAUAGUCUCCGGCUGCAUGCAUACAGCCCAUCAGGGGAAGGUACAUAAACCGGUGGAGGAGGAGCUGUCCCUUGUAGCUGCAACUGCUCCAUAGAGCACAGGCCUGAAAAUAUCUGCCUAGAACUAGAUUGGUGUCUAGGUGUGUCAGGAUGCUGUCAGCAGCCCCCAGCUGGUUGCCCAGGAAAGUAUAAAGACAAGGGAAAGUUUCUUACUGUCCUUUUUCAUUUCAGUCUUUACAGAGAGAGGCUAUAGAACCCAGCCUCUUGGAUAAUGGUGUUCUCCCAAGUGAAUCUCCACCCUCUGCCUCUCCCAUUUCCCAUUUCUAUGGGUGCUGCUACGUGCCCUCUGCCUUCAAGCUCUUUGCUCUCCUACUUUUAAGGCUCGCGAGAUGGAGGGUCUGGGAUGCUUUCUAAUGACAACGUGUCACCUGGGUGUUGUUCCGGCUGUCCCGUGAUUUCCCAACUUUUCUCCUCAUCUGCCUCUGAGCUGCAACCUCCCUCAAACCCCUGUUGUCAUUCUAGACUGUCUUCCUCUUCCUCCUCCCUGGAAGGGUCAGGAAGGGGAGGCGGUCUCCACCAUUCCUCCUCUGCCCAGUCCCUGACAGUGUGCAUCCCCCCUGAGUUCUUCAAGGGGAGCACUGAGAUGCGGGAGGAGGAGCUUGUCUGGUUGUAAGCAGGUUGUAAGCAGGAAGGCUCAGAGGAAGCUUGUUAUCUUGAUUUUACUCUUCCGGUAAGUUUCGCCAUUUCUGCAUAUUCCAUAAGUUUUUGUAUCCAUUCUUCCUUUUCUGGGACUACUACUUCUUCUUCUUCCCAUUUUUGGGCAAGUAACAUUCUUGCCGCUGUAGUCACAUACAUAAAUAAAUUUCUGUGCAAUUUAGGUAGUUCUAUCACAGAGCCUAGAACUUGCUGAUCAGAAGGUCGGCGGUUCGAAUCUAGGAGUCUUGGUUGACCACAAACUUGACAUGAGCCAACAGUGUGAUGCGGCAGCUAAAAAAGCCAAUGCAAUUCUGGGCCUCAUCAAUAGGAGUAUAGCAUCUAGAUCAAGGGAAGUAAUAGUGCCACUGUAUUCUGCUCUGGUCAGACCUCACCUGGAGUACUGUGUCCAGUUCUGGGCACCACAGUUCAAGAAGGACACUGACAAACUGGAACGUGUCCAGAGGAGGGCAACCAAAAUGGUCAAAGGCCUGGAAACGAUGCCUUAUGAGGAACGGCUAAGGGCGCUGGGCAUGUUUAGCCUGGAGAAGAGGAGGUUAAGGGGUGAUAUGAUAGCCAUGUUCCAAUAUAUAAAAGGAUGUCACAUAGAGGAGGGAGAAAGGUUGUUUUCUGCUGCUCCAGAGAAGCGGACACGGAGCAAUGGAUCCAAACUACAAGAAAGAAGAUUCCACCUAAACAUUAGGAAGAACUUCCUGACAGUAAGAGCUGUUCGACAGUGGAAUUUGCUGCCAAGGAGUGUGGUGGAGUCUCCUUCUUUGGAGGUCUUUAAGCAGAGGCUUGACAACCAUAUGUCAGGAGUGUUCUGAUGGUGUUUCCUGCUUGGCAGGGGGUUGGACUCGAUGGCCCUUGUGGUCUCUUCCAACUCUAUGAUUCUAUGAUUCUAUGAAUCCCCACGAUAGGGUGAGCUCCCGCUGCUUGGUCCCUGCUCCUGCCAACCUAGCAAUUUGAAAGCACAUCGAAGUGCAAGUAGAUAAAUAAGUACCACUCUGGCAGGAAGGUAAACGGUCUUUCCAUGCGCUGCUCUGGUUUGCCAGAAGCGACUUAGUCAUGCUGGCCACAUGACCCAGAAGCUGUACGCUGGCUCCCUCGGCCAAUAAAGCAAGAUGAGUGCCGCAACCGCAGAGUCGGCCACGACUGGACCUAAUGGUCAGGGGUCCCUUUACCUUUACCUAUCACUAUAAUUCCCAAGAGAAAGGCUUCUGUUUUUGUUUGUUUUUUACAAAUGUUCUUUUAAACAUCCUUUUCACUUCACUGUAUGUCAUUUCCCAUUGGUGUCUCUUUUCAACCCCCCACAGACAAACCCACCAUUGUGAGCCCCCCAGAAGUGGUGGAAGGGACUGAGGUGGAGCUGCGCUGUGUGGUGCCGGAUAACUGCCCUGACAUGAAGCCCAUCAUCACGUGGAUGAACCACGAGAACCUGGCUGAGCACUCAGUCUACGCACAGGUGGAAGAGGAAGGCGGCACCUGGUCCCUCGUCUCCCUGCUCAAAUUCAUGCCGUCGCGCGAGAACCACGGGCACGAGCUGGGCUGCAAAGUCACCUACUCCAACACCACUUUUGAGUUUGAUGGGUUUACUUCCUUGGAUGUCAAAUGUGAGUCGGGGUUCCUAAGCGGCUGUCGCUUCGUGACUCGAUACGUUCAUCUCCCUAGGUCUCAAGGUGGAGAACAGGCCUGUUCUUUUUAUCCUCACAGCAACCAGGGCCGGCCCACCUAUGAGGCAAGGGGAAACGACUGCCUCAGGCGGCAGCAUCCACAGGGGCAGCAGAUCCGGCCUUCGAGGAACGCAUUGCCCGCUGUUGCUACCACUGCUGUGCUAAACAGUGGUCUCUUUUGUUGCACUCCUUGGAGGCCGGAUCUGCUGCCAUCUUGGCAGCUCCCUGCAAUGACACCUCUGCAACUGCUUCUUGGCAAAGAGGAGGUGGUGGUGGUCUCCCGCCACCCUUGUUUCCAAUGUAGAUCUUCAUUCUGCUUUUGUUCCUGAUGUAGAUCUUCACUCACCCGUUCUUCCCUAGCCUGGGGGCGGGGACACCAUUUUGUGCUUUCUUUAGGCGCAAAAAAGUUUUGGCUGGCCCUAACAACAACCCUGUGAGGUAGGCUACACUGUGAGAUACUAGCUGGCCCAAGGUCACCCAGUGGGCUUUGGGGAGGUGGGGGGGGGUUUGAACCCAGGUCUAAUAGGCCCCAGUUGGCACUAUAACUGCUACAACACAUGGGCUCUCACCACAUUUUGCCUCUGGAGGAUCUCUGGAACCAGGGAUGUUUGCUCAGUGAACAUCAAGUCCCCAUGUUCUGCAAUGAGGGAGGGCCUGUUGGGUUGCUUCUACACUGGGAGUCUUUAAUGUCCUUCGAAGCCCAUAAACCAACCUUGGUAGACCCACACCGUAGAUGGAAAGCACAUCCAAUGCACAUGACUUUCCCCAGAUAAUCCUGGGAACUGUAGUUCGCUCAGGGUGCUGGGAAUUGCCAUCCAGGGAUGGGAAAACUACCAUUCCCAUGAAUCAUUGGGGGAAGUCGUGUGCUUUAAAUACAUGGUGUAGAUAGCCAUGGUUACUGCACGGAGAAACCAGAGCAUCUCCCUGAGGCUGAUCUCUUUUUGGCUUGCUUCCACAGACCCGCCCCGGAUUCUGCAGGCAAACUCCUCCGUGGAGGUCAUUCAGGGCUCGCACGUGGUGCUGGUGUGCUCCGUGGACAGCAGCCCCAUGGCCUUGAUCUCGUGGCUCCGAGAAGACGAAAUUCUGCACGAGGACAUGGCGGGAAGCCUCACGCUCCAUCUGGACAACAUCACCCACCUGCAGGACGGCAUCUAUACUUGCGCGGCUGAGAACAUUUAUGGCAAGGACAACCAUUCCCUGGCCUUGGCUGUGCUGUGUAAGUAGCCAGUCCUGAAGCCCUGAGGCCAAUUCAGGGGCGGGAGGAGAAGCCUGCACUGCAGUGUAACCCCAAACUUUGCAGCAGGAAAUGAGAUGCUCGCUUUCAGGCAUCUGGACCUCAAUUCUUUUAUUUAUUCCGAAUGUUUCUAUACCACUUCUCCACAAUGAAAAAAAAGCAGUUGAUGUAUUACAGUAUUUUAAUAUUCUUUUGGAAACCGCCCAGAGUGGCUGGGGAAACCCAGCCAGAUGGGCGGGGUAUAAAUAAUAAAUUAUUAUUAUUAUUAUUAUUAUUAUUAUUAUUAUUAGGGGUUUUCAGAACACAUGCACACCAAACUUCAUUAACUGCCAUAUAUAUAGCUAAAUAUAAUUAUUUUAUAAAAUAGCAAAAUACAUAUGAUAAAUACAUUAUAGUUGUAAUAUACUGUAUUUUUCUGUCUAUAAGACGCCCCCAUGUAUAAGACACCCCCUAUUUUGGGGGACUCAGAUUUAAGAAAAUGGGGGGAGAUGGCCCAGAGUAUUAGACACCCCCUAAUUUUUGACAUUAUUUUUUAGGGGGGAAACCUAGUCUUAUACACAGGAAAAUACGGCACUUAAUAUUUUUACUAUGUGUUCCUUUGAUGGAAAAGACGGCUUUUGGUGUUUCCCCCUCCCAGAUGCCCCUUGGAAGCCUGUGGUGAACGCCUCUGUGGUGGCCGUUGAGGGAGAGCCGGUCACCAUCCUGUGCAGCUCACAAAGCAACCCUGAGCCCAUGAUCACCAUCUUCAAGGACAAGAAGCCCAUGGCCAUGGGCGUCUACCAGAACCAAGUGGCUCUGGAGUUUGAGUCUGUGACGCACGAGGACGACGGGGAAUACUGGUGCACGGCAGAGAACCAGUUUGGCCAGCGCAGCACUGCCUUCAACCUCACCGUUGAAUGUGAGCACUCGCCUGGGGCCCCCAGAAACUCUUGUGGGACAUAAAUGUGUUUUGGGUGGUAUCCAACUGUGGCAUCUCAUUUGCUCAGUGGACUUCUGCUCUUGCAAGCAGAAUUAUUCAUUCCACUCUCCUGCCUCGCCCCAUAUCAGCCCCCAAGCCUCAGCUGCCUCAUUCUGCCUAGCUGUAGGGCCACCACCAUAUUCUGGUCUGAUGUCAGCAGCUCUGACCAAGUUCUUCUGGGAGCUCACAUCUGUCAACCUCUGGCUCGGAGGUCUCCCAGUCUCUAGUAGCAGUUUCAGAGCCUUGAUGCUGGUCUAGUUCCCUGUCCAAUGCCUUUGCUGGAGACUCUGCAGUCUCUGACUCCUGAGUCUUGACUGCAGGUGGUCAUUACAGCUGGCCCAUUACCAAAGCAUGUCUGUGCCACCAUAGGACAGCCCCUGGUGUUCUGACACAGGCUUUUGCUUGUGGGCCCCCCACCCAUCCAAAAGAGCAUGUGCAGUCCGGCAAAAUAACGGGACUAAUCUGCUGUUGCACCUCCACCUCUUUCACAAGGACAUAAGAAGUGCCUGCUGGGCCAAACCAGUGGCCCAUCUAGUCCAGUGUCCUGUUCUCACAGUGGCCAAGCAGAUGCUUAUGGGAAUUCUGCAAGCAGGACUCCAGCACAAGAGCACUCCUCCCUCUUGCAGUUUCCAGUAUUCAGAAGCAAGGCUGCCUCCAACACAUAGCUGUCAACUUACAGAUUUGAAAAUAAGGGACCAGCAGCCUCGAAAAUAAGGGAUCAGCAGCAAAAAUAAGGGAUUUUGCUAUUGAAAAGAGUUACGUACAUUGUUGGAUUGACAGAUGCUGUCAAUCCGGCAUGAAGCGCUGCCUUUCUGCAUCCCUCCCCAUCCCCUCCUCUUCCUCCUCCCUCAGGCCGCCUCCUCAGCUGCUGCCUCCGGGCUCGCGGGCGGCAUGGGCAAGAGUGUCUCUCCUCCCCCCCCCUCUCUUGGGCGGGGAAGGGCCGAUGGAACGCCUCACACCAGGACGACGGCGCCAGCGCUCACUCUCGCGCGCGGUGGAGGACCCCGAGCUGCUGCUUCCCUCCCAAGCCGGGCGAGCAUGAAACCCGGGAAAUUUAAGGGACAUCAUCAAUAAGGGACAGCAGCGGGACACGGCGCUGGGAUAAGGGAGUUUCCCACCAAAUAAGGGACGGUUGACAGCUAUGCUCCAACAGUGAAGGCAGAGCUUAGCCAUCAUGAUUAGUAGCUAUUGAUAGCUUUCUCUUCCAGUCCUCUUUUAAAGCCAUCCAAUUGGGUGGCAAUUGCUGUCUCCUGUGGGAGUAGGUUCCGUAGAUUAACAAUUCACUGUGUGAAGAAGCAUUCUCUCUCUCUCUCUCUGUCUCUCUCUCUCUCUCUGCAGUUGCUCCCCUUAUCCUUUCGGACUCCAAGUGCACAGCUGCCCGGGACACUGUGAAGUGCAUCUGUGCGGCCAAAUCCAACCCGGAGGCUGUGAUCACCUUUGAGCUCCCCACGCGCAACGUGACAGUGAACGAGACCGACCGGGAGUUUGUGUACUCGCAGAAGACCGGCUACAUUGUCACCAGCAUCCUGACCUUGCAGAGGGAGGUGGACUCCCAGCUUUACAUCGUCUGCUCAGCCAGGAACUUCUACGGCACCAGGAACCAGCAGCUGCAGUUCCACCACUCCAGUGAGGGCCCUUCCAGGCAACUGCCCCACCUUGGUCCCUACAGCUCUCACGAGGCUCAUACCAGUCUUGUCCAGGGGUGGCGCUGUGGAAAUGGAUUUAGACACCAGGAGGGGACCUUUUGUUUAGUUAUUGUCCUUCCUUGCUCACGUGAUUAAGAUCAGCAGAAUACCAUCCUUUGCAAUUUAAACUUGGAAGCAAAGACAAGAUUGAUUUAACCUUCUAGAAACAAUAAUCCAGGAUGCUUUAAGGCAGACUGGAUUUUCCCUCAUAUUAUCCCUUUUCACCCACUUAAAAACAACCAUCACACACUUCUAGCUGCUGGGUGACUCAGCCAGUAGAGCAUGAGACUCUUCAUCUCAUGGUUGUGGGUUCAAGCCCAACGUUGGGCAAAAGAUUCCUGCAUUGCCGGGGGCUGGGCUGGAUGAGUCCGGUGGUCCCUUGCAACACUACAGUUCUAUGAUUCCACAUAGCUUUUGUGAAGAAGUAAAAGUAGUAUUUACUUACAUAAUCUAGGUCUUGAAGCAGCAAUUGCAGUAGCAAAAUGAAGGCAGGUUUAUAACUAGUAUCUAAGUUACAAAAGUACAAAAUGUAAGUUCAAAAAUGGUGCCUGAGCUGCAGAGCUCAGAUAUGCACGUGUGGUCAGCUUGGAGGCAUGGUGAAAGAAGAGAGAUGCGCCCAGGCAGGAUGGAAGUACCAUAUUUUUCGCUCUAUAAGACGCACUUUUUCCCUCCUAAAAAGUAAGGGGAAAUGUGUGUGCGUCUUAUGGAGUGAAUGCAGGCUACGCAGCUAUCCCAGAAGCCAGAACAGCAACAAUCCCUCUUGCUGUUCUGGCUUUUGGGAUAGCUGCGCCAAGUCUCCUCAGGGCAGCAGGAGGAACGUUCCCCCUGCCCUGAAGAGGCUUUGCAUUGUUUUCGCAGAAGCCAGAACAGCAAGAGGGAUCGCUGCGCAGUGAAAGCAGCAAUCCCUCUUGCUGUUCUGGCUUCUGGGAUUCAGACUAUUUUUUUUCUUGUUUUCCUUCUCCAAAAACUAGGUGCGUCUUAUGGUCUGGUGCAUCUUAUAGAGUGCAAAAUACGGUAUGUAGCGUUUCAGAUUCCUGCCAAGGCAGACAAAGGAAGUGAUCUCACAGAGUUCUCUAGCCAAUUUCACAAGUAGCUCUGUGAGAUUCAGCCCCUCCAUGCGUCUAUACGGCGAAACAUGAAUUGUUUGCUUGUCUGCAAUAAUGUCCCGCAGGUUCCACACAUUUCAGCCAAGCAGAAGGGGGCAAAGCAGGGCCAGGGAGGGGCGUAGCCUUGGGAGGUAGGUGACGACUGAGGAAGAGGUUAUAGCCUGUGGCGGGGGGUGGGGGGAGUUAGUCCUAAGGACCAUCUAGAGAGGCCUAGAGGGCUGCAUUUGCCCCUGCUCUGCUGAGACCAGAGCAGUAUCUUGCUAAUCCUGUGCAUUUCUCUCUCUUUUUUUAAUUUUCCAGAUAGUCUGAUGUGGGCAAAAGUGGGGCCUGUUGGAGCGGUGGUAGCCUUUGCCAUCCUCAUAGCGGUCGUGUGUUAUGUCAGCCAGACCAGGAAAAAGUAAGUUUUUUUGUGGUGGGGGUGAACUCAAGCCCUCCCUCCUUCAUAUCGCCUCAUUUUCUUCCUGUAAGAAAUCCAGAUCCAAAUUCGAAUCUGGGAAAACAUCACCAGAACCAGGGCCUUGUUUCCCCUGUUUUGCACCAAACACAGAAAACACACUCCCUCCCUCCCUCACUGCAGCCAUGCUCCUGGAGCCAAUGGCUACAAAAUCAGCCAAUGACCGUUUGACCAUAGGAACCUAGAAAUCUGCUUUAUAUUGUGUUCAUCUAGCUUAGCAUUGUUUACUCUGACUGGCAGGGACUCUCUAGGGCACGGGUGUCAAACACAAGGCCCGCGGGCCGAAUCCGGCCUGCCAGACCUCGUCAUGUGGCCCGUGUAGCCGCCAGCCCGGCCUGCCCGCUUCCCCCUGCGAGGCGGCGCGCUGUGGGCGGGGAUGGGGGGCUGGAAGGCGGGCGGUGGAGAAAGCGAAGGCGCUCCCUUCCCCCGCCAUUACUCGGCCGGCCUGAGAGAAAAUUUCUGAGGCGGCGGCGGCCUUCGUCCAGGGUCGGGGGGCCAUGGCGGAACUUUGCCCUCCCGGUGGCCUGGAGCAUCUGGAGCUGGGGCGGCUGCGGGACCCGCCGGGCAGCAGUGGCGGUGGCGGAGUCGUCGUCGGCGCUUCUUCUCCUUCUCCUCCUCCUUCGUCUUGCUCGCCGUCACCGCCGCUCUCGUCUUGCUCGAGGCAGGCCUGGAGCCGGGACAACCCGGGCUUCGAGCCCGAGGAGGAGGCGGGCGAAGCGGCCAGGGUGGCUGGCGGGAGCGUGGCGGCGGGGCCCGUGCUGCAGAUGGGCGUGGUGGAGUGGGGCCGAGGAGGGGCGCCUUCGCCCUCGGAGCCCGACACCCGACGCUCGGGAGGGCCCGCCGAGAGCGGGAGGCAGCGGAGGCGCAGGCGGCACGGCGAAAAGGAGGAAGGCGGAGGGGAAGGCAAAGGCCAGCGGCCUUGCUCCGCCGGAGGCGCCCUGACGCCGACGCCGUGUUUCCCUCACGAGGAGACGGGCGAGGAGGUCGCCGAGCAGCCGCUGCCUCACCUGGGCCAAAGGGAUGGCGCACCACCUGCAAGGUGAGUCACCGCUCGGCCGGGCCCUUCCGUCGCCCUUCCCGGCUCACAUCUCUCCUGUUUCACCUUAUUACUUUUAUGUUACUCGGGAGUCUUCUGCUCUGAAGACAGAUGCAGAUAAUCCGUUCAGCUCCUCUGCAAUCUCCUUUCCCACCUUUAGCACACCUUUGAUUCCCUUGUUGGCCAAAGGCUCUACCACAGACAUGUCCAAAGUCCAUUUCGGGGGCCUAAUCCGGCCCCUUCGACAGUUUAUGGGGUAAAAUCCUCAAAAAACCCCUCAACAACUUCAACCCUAAAAAAAAAAAAAGCUCAACAAUUUCAAUCCUAAAAAAAGCGCAACAACUAUGGUUGGCCCUCACGGCCCUUCACUUCAUCAAAUCUGGCCCUCCUUGAAAAACGUUUGGGCACCACUGCUCUAGGGUUUCAGACAGGGAGCCUUCUCCACUGUCCUGGGAGAUGCUGUGGGACCUUCUAAAUGCUCCACCACUGAGCGAUGGCCCUUCCAUAAGGCCUCCGAAGGCACCUGCAUCCUACAGAGGCUGCUGCUCCUCUUGCACAAGUGAGAAUGCUCCAGCCAGCAUUGGCUACAGAGCUAUAUAAUAAUAAUAAUAUUUAUUUAUACCCCGCCCUUCCCAGUUCAAAAACCGGGCUCAGGGCGGCUAACAACAAGUUUAAAACACUUGAUUAUAAAAGUAGCAUAAAAUACAGUAUAAAAACAUGAAUAACAAUAAAAUUCAAAAAUCAAUUUAGGGGAAAGAAGCAUUAGAUAAUCCCCAAGGCUAGCUGGCUGAAUUGGUCCUACUUGGGCCAGUGAGGAGGCCAGGAGAGAAUUAGCUGUGGGGUCUCAGAGCUGGUGAUUGUCAUAAAAGGGGAGGGGGAGGGAAGAGAAGGGAAAUAAAAGAUCAGGCUGAAUUCAAAUUAAAGGCCAGGUGGAAUAGCUCUGUCUUACAGGCCCAACGGAAGGAAGUUAAAUCCUGAAGGGCCCUAGUCUCAUGGGACAGAGCAUUCCACUAGGUCGGAGCCAUCACUGAAAAGGCCCUAGCCCUGGUGGAGGAUAGUCUGACUAUAUCCAGGGUGCUGACAGGCCUGGCCCAGCCUGCUGUGAAUCAGUAAGUUUUGCUGCUGCAGGCAGCUUCCGCUGAGCCUUCAGCUCUGACGAGACAGGGCACGUUCUCUCUAUUCAUGGUUUGUGCAAACAGUGGCUUUGCAUGAUCUCCGAGCCCACGACUAAAGUCUCUGCAGAUGUCCUGGGAUGUGUGAAACCGCCAUCACAUCUCAAACACCGCAGGCAGAGGUUUCGCACGCCUUGUGGUUUGCUCCUGCAAGACCAUCCACUGAAUGAAGUUCAUGUAUUGAGCGGCACGUCACUGUUUCGCACAUUCGCCUCUGGAGAGUGGGGCGAGGGGCAAUGUUUGCCACUCAACUUCCAGUAAAACACAUAAGGACGUAAGCACAGCCCUACUGGAUCAGGCCAUUGGCCCAGUUAGUCCAGAACCCUGUUCUCGCAGAGGCCACCCCCAUGGCUGUUGGAAGUUGAGGCGCAGCUCAGCUUGCUCAGAAGGCUCUGCCUGGAGUAAAGGCAGAUAGAGGGUGAAACCUCCAGGUUCCUAAACUGUCUCUGUCUCUUUUAUCUCUCUGCUGACCUGCCUACUGAAGUCAAAGGGAUGUGUGUUAAAUCGCGUCCUCUCAGGGUUCUGAGAGUUGUCAGUAGACCCUCUCAUCACCUCCUAGAACUACAGUUCCCAGAGUGGCCUAACAAGCACUCCCUCUUUCCAAUUCUUUCACAAUUUUUCUCUGGACCUUCAUUGGUCGAGGUCUCCUUGAAUGUCUCUUCUGAGAACAAAGUGGCAAAAAUAAAUUCUCUGUUUCUCCGCCUAGUUAGUUAUCUAGGACUAGAGAACUCCUACCUAUCAAAUAUGUUCUUUCCUUAAUAAAAAAUAAACUUCCUAAGCCUUAACACCUUCCAAUUCAAGUUGUGCUCCAAGCAAGGAUUCAUUUCACUAAUGUCUGCUGUUAUGUUCAAACUCUGGUAUGCUAACACAACUAGGGCUUGCCAAGUCAGACAUCAUGCUAAACCGUCAUUAAGCUUCCUUAACCAUAGCCUGGUGUGUUAUCUGAACUGAGCCCCAAAGUGAGGGAUAUACCUAGGUAAACUUUCCCUAAACCAUGGCUCAGUGAUAGAGCACAUCCUUUGCAUGCAGAAAGUCUCAGGUUCUACUCCCUGCAGGUAAAAGGUAAAGCUAAAGGACCCCUGAACGGUUAAGUCCAGUCAAAGGCAUCUAUGGGGUUGCGGCACUCAUCUCGCUUUCAGGCCGAGGGAGCUGUUGUUUGUCUGCAGACAGCUUUCCAGGUCAUGUGGACUGGAAAGCAUGACUAAACCACUUCUGGCGCAACAGAAAACCAGAGUGCAUGGAAAUGCUGUUUACCUUCUUGCCACAGUGGUACCUAUUUAUCUACUUGCACUGGCGUGCUUUUGAACUGCUAGGUUGGCAGGAGCUGGGACAGAGCAAUGGGAGCUCACCCCAUCAUGGGGAUUGACCUUCCGAUCAGCAAGCCCAAGAGGCUCAGUGGUUUAGACCACAGUGCCGCCUGUAUCCCUUCAUCACCAACUAGGGCUGGGAGAGACUCCAGACUCUGAAACCCUGGAAAUCUGCUCCCAGUUGAGACAGCUGAUUCUGGCUAGAUAAGCCAAUGGUCUGAAUCAGUAUAUGGGAGCUUCCUGUGUUCCUAAACUGGAUGUCCCCAGUUUCAUUUGCAUUGCAGCCAAGAAGAUGCUGAGAGUCUCUGUGGCUUCCCAACAAACAAUAUAAUCUAAGAAACAAAUUAGCACUCUUAUUAUACCCUUAGUGGAAUUUUAGAACUCAGUCCACAAUCCAAUUACAUGCAAGUAAUUGGAUUCAAAAUUAUUUCAGUCCCACUGCAAUCAGCGAAUAAUACAAUUUUGAAAACAAAAUAAAACCCAAAACUUAAAUUUCCUGCCCAUUGCCCACUGAGGACAAGAUUAUUAAAGAAAUACUGACAAACAGAAGAUAAUUGAGGAUUUGCAAAUAGUAGAAAGAUUGGAUCGUUUAUCCUGGCUGGAGAUGAUUGCCAAAAUAGCUAUCAGGCCUUGAAUAUGGAAGUGCACUUAUCAAAGCUGUCAGAUAAUCCAUUGGUUAAUUAAUGAAUUGUUUACUAAUCACUCUUCAGCUGUGAUUGCAAAUCUGAAACUCAUCAUGCUAAUGAAAGAAGCCACUUGGGAUUCGAACGGAUUUACAUUAUAUAGCCUGGUUCCAAAAUAAUAAUAAUAAUUUAUUAUUUAUAUGUUGUCCAUCUGACUGAGUUGCCCCAAAAUGGAGGUGUUGGUUGGAAACAUGGACAGAGUUUAACGUUAUAAGUCUUUCUCACUUCCUUAUUUUAUUCUUAUUCCCAGGAAAAGUAUGAAUGAAAGUUCGAGUUUCAUGCAAACAGAAAACCCUCCUGUCGCCUACAGCGGAGACUACAGGACUCCUGGCCAUCUGGAGAAAUCAGAGGUACUGAUAAGAGGGAGGGCGAUGGGGGUGUCCCAUGUCCCCUUUUGGAAGAAGUAUGCCUCUGCUGGGCAUCUCAGGUGGGGAAAGUGCUGCUGUGAUCUCGCCCGGCUUGUGGGCUUUCCUUUUUCGUAGAAUUGUAGAGCUGGAAGGGGCCACGAGGGUCAUCUAGACCAACCCCCUGCAAUGCAGGAAUACCGUAUUUUUCGCUCCAUUAGACGCACUUUUUUCCUCCUAAAAAGUAAGGGGAAAUGUGAGUGCAUCUCAUGGAGCGAAUGGCGCUGCGCAGAGGGGUCUCCUUCUGUUCCUUCUCCAGCUUUGCUGAAGGGGCGCUGCGCCUUCUCCCUCUCUGCGCAGUGCCUCUCCUGUGAAGGAGAGGCGCUGCGCAGAGAGAGAGAACUGCGCAGUGCCCCUUCAGCGACGCGCCUGUCCUGGAAGCUGGAGGAGGAACCGAAGGGACUCCUUCUGUUCCUUCUCCAGCUUCGCUGAAGGGGCGCUGAGCAGUUCUUCCUCUCAGAGAGGGAGAACUGCGCAGCGCCCCUUCGGUGACGCGCAGUCCUGGCUUCUGCCUUAGCCGUGAGCAGCCUCUUCGGGCAGGGGGAGCCUUCAUCCCGCUGCCCUGAAGAGGCUUGGCGUGGUUAUCCCAGAAGCCAGAACAGCACACGAUACCCCAGAAGCCAGAUCCCUCUUGCUGUUCUGGUUUCUGGGAUUCAGAAUAUUUUUUUCUUGUUUUCCUCCUCCCAAACCUAGGUGCGCCUUAUGGUCUGGUGUGUCUUUUGGGGCGAAAAAUACGGUAUUUUGCCCAAAGCGGGGCUCAAGCCCACAACCCUGAGAUUAAGAGCCCCGUGCUCUACUGACUGAGCCGUCCCUUCAGUCAAUGAGACACCAUCCCUUGAACAUCUGGUUAGCCACUGCGAGAACCAACCACACAGAGAGACAUUAAGCGAAGGAAGGAAAAUGUGAAUGUUUCUUUCUCCCUCCCUUGUGACCUGGCAAUGGGUAUUUGGAGGAGAGAGAGAAAAAGAAUAGUUUAGGAAAAAGCCUCGUUCGGAUUGCCAGAAAAGAUUGGCGGUGCGGAACCAUAGCUGCAUGCAGAAGCAAAAAUGAGCAAACAUCCUCUUUUUUACUUGUAACACCUUUUGAGUUGUUCAUGUGAGAGCGGGUGCAGGUUAUUUCCUACAACAGAAUCUUGCCAUUUUUCAAUAAAAUGGGGGAAAGUAGGAACCUGGGGAGGGACUGUGAGUCAACACGAAGCAACUCAGCUUGUAAAAAUGGAGGCAAUCAAUUUUUAAUCAAAGCAGACAGGUGGGAGCCGGCCCACAAGGGUCAUCCAGUCCAACCCCUUGCAAUGCACAACUCUUUUUCCAGUGUGGCCCUAAGAUUUUGAACCUUGUGCUCUACUGACUAUCCCUGGGAAGAAAGAUUGCUUGUUAGGCCGCUCUGGAAGCUGCAGUUCUAGGAAGGGGAAUAGAGGGUCUCUUGAUGACUCUCAGCACCCUUAACAAACUACAGCUCCCAGAAUCCUUAACAAACUACAGCUCCCAGAAUCCUUUGGGAGGGGGAAGCCAUGGAUGUUUAAGGUGGUAUCACAGUGCUUCAAACGGAGGGUGUGAACGUCCCCAAACUGUGCCCCACGGCUCAGAUCUGCCUAUCUCCCAAGAUGGGGCCCCAAACUCAGCUAUCUCACCUUGCUUCAUGGCAGGGCUGAUUCUAGGGUUAGCCUUCCUCAGUCAGGUCACUAGUGACUGCUGUUCCUUUUCUAAUAAGGAGAUCUGCUCCCUGGAGAGCCACUGACCUGGGCAGGUAAGUAUGGACCUCUCCAUCCAUGUGCAUAACACCGUCCUUUUUGUGUAUAUGGCACCCGGGCCUUAGAAAAGAGAAUUGUCCCGGUUUGGACUGAAUGGGGGUGGGGUGGAUGGAAGUGGUUCUGGUCAAUGCUGCCGCCCCCAGGCAGCUGCAGUUUCUGAUCAGAUCAGACAAGGCAGGGUUGAUGUCAGUCAAUUCUGGUGUCUGUUCUAACAGAGGGUGCUUUCAGGUGCAUGACGCUUACAUCGCUUUUAUGUCUUGCAUUUCCUAUGUGCAUCAAUUGGCGUCAGUAUCUACCGCUAGUGACUGGUGCCCUGUGGUAGGAGGCAGGGAGGCCAACAGUAGGUGGCGCCAGAGAGCCAAUGAGACAGGAGGGCUGCCUGAAGGCAGGGUGAGGUUGGUGAGGCAGUGCCCCCAUUUGCCCAAUUGAACCAGCCUCCUAAUAUACCUCCAUUGACUAAGGGGAAGGCCAAUUUGUGUGGAUGGCUUUUAAAAAGGAAACACAGACCCUCCAAGCGUCCCUAUUUUCCAGGGACAGUCCUGGAUUUGCAGAAGCCGUCUCGGUUUCUGAUUGAUCCUGGAAUGUCCCGCUUUCCUCACGAGGUCCCUAUUUUCAUUGGAGAAAUGUUGGGGGGUAUGGAGUCAUGUGACCCCUGAGCCAAGGAGAUAAGUAACUAUACAACCUUUAGAAGACAUUUGAAGGCUGCCCUAUAUAGGGAAGUUUUUUUUAAUGUUUAAUGUUUUAUUAUGUUUUUAUAUAUGUUGGAAGCCGCCCAGAGUGGCUGGGGCAACCCAGUCAGAUGGGUGGAGAAUUAUUAUUAUUAUUAUUAUUAUUACUAUUAUUAUUAUUGAAUAGGACAUCCCUAUUUUUAUCGGAGAAAUGUGGAAGGAUAUGUGCAUGUUGUGGCUUAAUCUAGGUCAGAUCUUUGCUGGAAGGGGGUCUUUAUGUCAUUGAAAUUCUACUCAGUAUUGAUCCAGAGCAGAAUUCCAACGUAUAGUUAGCAGAGUAAAACUUAAACACGUUGCAGGAUUCCCCAAAAAUAGACCAGAGGCUACUGUAUUUCAUCCAGCAGAGCUUUACUGCUGCUGAAGGCAAAUGAGCAUAAUGGUCACAAAUCCAAAACAUUCAGGAUUGGCACUGUCCAUAAGAAAUCCAGUUGCAGCAGACUUAACUUAAACUUACAGUAACUUAUAAUAAGUCUACCUUAAAACUAAGCAUACUAUGUACAGAGCACCACACCGGAAGGAAAAGAGAUAGAAAGGGAAAGGGAAACCCAGGAUCCCUCUGGCCUUACUUUUAUAGUCAGCAUGACCUUGACAGAAACAGAUAACAGAACCAGUUUAAGCCAGCUGCACUCAGCUUCUCUGAAGGAAAAACCCAAAUACAGUGGUACCUCGUGUUAUGGACUUGAUCCGUUCCGGAGGCCCAUCCGUAAUGUGAAAAGCCUGCAACUUGAAGUGCUGCGUCUGUGCAGGCGUGGCGCAAUUUGGCGCUUCUGCACAUGCGCAAAGCGUGAUUUAGUGCGUCUGCCCAUGUGCGAGUGGUGAAACCUGGAAGUAACCCAUUCCGGUACUUCUGGGUUGCCGUGGGAUGCAAGACGAAAACACGCAACCUGAAGCGGACGUAACAUGAGCUAUGUCUGUAUCAUGAACCUUCUGCUUGCUUCUUUCACACAGAGAAGCUCCCAGAACCCUCUUGAAUUAAUUAGAAUAGGAAAGAUAUCUACACAUCAGAUCAAUACUUUCUGUACUAAGAAAUGCAAACUGAGAUUUAACCCUUGGCCCUGUUGCAGUCCUGAUCUGGAUUGGCACGUCCCAUGCCUGCCUCUUUAAAAAGUCAGUGAUUCCAUGUCUCGUUUCGCUCAAAAAGUGUCUUUCUGAUUUGAAAACGGCCCUCUGCCUUGGCCUGUCCUGCGCGAACAGCUUCCACGUGUGUGCAUGCAUCAUGGAAAGUCCUUGAGCCGCUUUUAAUGUCGCUUGUGGAAACGCACCGGAUCGUUUGUGUCAAAGCUGUGUGUUUCCUUGAGUGUGCCUCUGCAAUGGCUUCCCCCAGGGUCUGUGUGUCUGUCCCUCCCAGGCACUGUUAGGCCUUUCCCUGCCCUUGCUUGCUUCUGUGACAUGUAAACUUGUGGUGAAGACAAUAUGGGAUAUCUGUUUUCAGCGGAAGGGCCCAAUCCUGAAACAUAAGAAGUUCAUAAGAAACAGGAACAAAGUGCCUCUGAACAGGUGCAGAGUGCAUUUGGGCACCACCGAGUAACUGCAGCACUUUGGUUUUCACGUCACAUGGUAGGGAUUCCAGAUAGGCUUGAUCUGCAGCACAUCCGUCGACCCUUGUAGCUUAAAAUACUGCUUGGGUAAAUGGGUUGGUUGAAACCAACCACAUAUACUGAACCAAGCCAUUGGUCUAUUUACCUGGGGGACCAGUGGACCCUCGGGAUGUUGCUGCAUUACACCUCCCAUCAUCUCCUGACCAUUGGUUCCCACUGCCUGGGUAUUAUGGGAGUCAGAGUCCAGCAAUAUCUGGAGAGCCACAGGCAGGGGUCAGCAAAGUUUUUCAAGCAGGGGGCCGGUCCACUGUCCCUCGGAACUUGUGGGGGGCCGGACUAUAUAUAUUUUUUAAAAAAUAUGCCCCACAAAUAACCCAGAGAUGCAUUUUAAAUAAAAGCACACAUUCUACGCAUGUAAAACACCAGGCAGCCCCCCACAAAUAACCCAGAGAUGCAUUUCAAAUAAAAGGACACAUUGGGCGAUUGGGCCGGAUCCGGCCCCCGGGCCUUAGUUUGCAUACCCAUGGCCACAGGUUUCCCCAUCCUUGUCGUAAGAGAACGAAUGUGUUUGUGUUGUCUUCCAAAUAGCGAGUCUUCAGGAUUUAAGCCCCCGCAGCAGUGAGUUCCGCAAAUCCGAGGUGUGAUCUGGGGGGAGCCUUCAACCUGGUCUUCUCUCUCCCGCUCCUGCAGUAUGGGCGCUGCGACAAACGGCUCUUGAACAAGGACCUGGGCAUUGACUACGCCAACAUAGACUUCACCAAACUAUCCACGAAGGACAGCUACACCCUGACGGAGGAGCUGGCUGAGUACGCUGAGAUCCGAGUCAAGUGAGCCCUUUCCCCAGCCACCGCGGCAGGCAGCUCCCAUGGACCGCCACCCGUUGGAACUAUUGUAGUCUAAUGAAACGCCUGGCCACGCCUCUCGGCUUGGGCUUCCUAGUCUUGAGAAGACCCUACCAAUUGGUUUUGAUGUCUUGAUGCUCGCUCUUUAAAUGCUCAUCUGUAUCUCCCUGGGUCCCCUUCCUUCCCCUCUCCAGGGUGCAGAUUAAUCUAAUGCAGAUUAGUCUGUCCACUAGUUUGUUUGUUUUUAAUUCUUUCUUCUUUUUUUGCCACCCAAUCAGGGUGGUUACGAAAUUGUGGGGUGCGGGGAUGACUUUGUUCCACUUUUGCAACGUGCAUGGAUGGUUUGCGGCGGGCUGGUGGUUCUAAUCCAGAACUGGGAAAUAAUUCUGGGUCAGUUCUUAGAUUAACAAAUCUGAAAUAGCCGAGCGAUCUUAGGUAUGCACAGAUCCAAGAGCGGGGGGGUCACCUUUCUGUAUCCCCAGCAAGUGGACCAGAUCCCCUCCAGGGGAGCACUUGGGUCUUGGUCUGGCACAACCAGUGCUGAUGAACACCUGCUGUGGGUCUGACUCAUAGCUCCAAAAUGUCCAUUUCACAUUCCAGAUCCCGCUUUUAGAAAGCACUGAGCUCUUAAUUAAAAAGAACACGGAAGCGCUUAGAGGCUGCGUCUCACUUAGGACCCCUCCUGACUGAUGUUUUCCCUUGGGUUUUUUUGUUUGUUUUUUGUGGGUGUGAUUCUGCAACAUAUCCUUGAUGCAAUAAUAGUGCAUUAGUGGCCGUCCACACACCAUUCCGCUUUAUUGUUCUGCAAUGUUUCCCAAAUUCCACCGCGUUAUUGACACCUGGAGCAGGACACUCUUGCGCUACAGCCCAACAAAAGCAGAACGACAUCAUGAACAAAGCUCAGGACGGUUGCGGUAUAAAAAGUUGCAGCAUUUCAACUGGAAGUUACAGGGCAUGCACCGCUUGGAAACAUAGCAGUGUGUGUCUGCCCCCAAACUUUCGCAGGUGCAAACAGCAUUGAAAGCAAGGUUGUGUGUACCAUCCUGAGCACAAAUCCUCAUGAGUACACAACCAAAAUGACUUAUGGAGGGGCCCUUAUGUAAACAUGUGCUGGCCAGCAGUUCCUUCCCACCCUUGCAGCCUUGGUUUUUAAAAUCCAGGAUCAGAAAGAGAGGCAGGGGUCUGUGUUUGACUGCCGUUGACAUACUUGGCUAAUGCACGUGCAAAACGUUUUCCCCAGUGAUGCUUAAUGUCCUUUUUGCAUAUCUCUCAUCUGUAAAGCAGAAGGUCAGUUGACGAGAAUGUCAACUCUGCUUUUCUGUGCUGCACUAAGGUGCAUUCCAAGCAUCACUCGCGUCCCUUGUGAAAACACAUUACGUUUCACUGAUAAGUAUGUAUGGCUGAAUACAGUGCAACAACAUCUGCCCAGUUCUGCUGCCAUUUGUCUUUGUGGCACUGAAGCUCAGUCUCUGAACUGCAGCCUGCUCAGAAGGCGGAUGUACUGGGCAAAAACCUUCUCUCUAUAAAACGGUGUCCCGAUCUUGAGCAUGUUAGCACCAACAAUGAGCCGGCUGCCUUUGAUUGCAUUGGAAGACAUGAGAGAAGCAUCUUGGACUCUUCAACCCAAUCAACAACGCUAGCUGUAUAUUGCGACCUCCUGAUGUUUAUGUGACUUCAUGUUGAAAACCCUGUUAUUUAGCAAAUUUUCUUUUGGUUAACAGGAGAAGCAGACAUUGUAGUCAGCUGUGUGAGUCAGUUAAAAGAAAGAAACCCCCCCCCAAAAAACCCAGUAUGGUAAUAAUACUGUUAUUAAGAAUAACCAAAAUGCUGCAGGUUCGUCGUGAGCAAGCUUGAGAGCUGUUCAGAGCUCUUCAUCAGAUUAUGAAGAAUUUGGGAGGCCUUGAAAGCUUGCUCAUAAGUUUGUAAUGUUUUGGUUUGUCCUAAUGAAACUGUUUCUCAAAUGUGGCUUUGGGAGAAAUAGAGCCUCUCAUAAGCCGGAAGAUGAAUAAAAAUAAUUCAGCAAAUAUUAUUUCUUUUUAAAAUGCAACUCACAAUUUGUGAACUAGUUCUGUAAUAGGUGAGGUGCUAAUAAGUUAUUUUUGAAAGCUUGGGUUUGGCAACUGGGGCCAAAUCUGCUUCUGCAGCCCAUAUCCCUUGCAGAGUUAGGCAUGUCUUAGCCCAGGGAUGGGGAAGAUGUGGCCCAGAGGAAAUUUCCGAACUACAGAUCCCAUUAUCCCUUACCCUUGGCCACGUUGGCUGUGGCUGAUGGGAGCUGGAGUCUGCCAACAUCUGGAGAGGAGAGACAGCUUCCACACCUUGUGUUAACCCAUUGAAAUCACCUGAAAUUCUCGUUUCCACUGAACCUGCUACCUUGAUGAAUGGCCUAACCUGAACCCUAAGUGUCGUCAAGAACCAAGGGCCUUGGUUUUGAAUUGUCCGAUAGCUAACCAGUUGCUAACAUCACAUGCAUAUCUGUAGCUGUAUGAAUGGGGGCCUCUUCUUGUGCAUACAGCAGCUACAGCAAGUAGGGUUGCUGCCCUGCUCCUGAAGUUUUUCAAGUGAUUUCCAUCUCCCGUAUUCCAAGAAAAGAUUCCGCUGCACCUCUUAUCACUCCAGGUCCCAUCCUAUGCAGAAAUGUUUAGCUUUAAGAUCAAGGCUCUGCCCCCAGUCUCCUUUUUCCAGCAUGUUUGUACUGUACAAAAACGUAUUGUAUUUUGCUGAUCAGAUUACUAUCAAAUCACAAAAAAGCUGGGAAUUCAUGAAACACAGCUAAGGUGGACUCCCUCACCGCCUGUUCCAAUGAAAUGACUUUCCACCACAGGCAAAUUAGUGGGGGGGAAGCUGUGGUUCCUGAUUUCUGGUAUAAUAAGCACCAUCCGAUACAGGUUGUUUAUUAGUGAUGGUAUUUAAAGCAAAGUCGGUGUAAACCAGAGAUACACUCAGAUGAAAGAAACUUGUUUUCCUCCUAGCUUUGUAACCCAGCUAAUGCUUCCUACCACUUCCCACUCCCCCUAACAGCAUUAAUCUCUAACCUUCCAGGAACGAUUAUGGUAUGUUCUAUUUAUUGCAAAGAUACUUUUUUUGGGGGGGAUACUUUUUAUUAGGAAGGGGAGGGUGGGGAGGAUAUGAAACUGGAAUUUAAUAACAUGUUCUAAAGAUGAGCAUAUACACAUUGUGUCAGAAGUAAUUUCCGCUGACCUAAACAGGAGUUACUCCCUUGUUACUAGGGUCUAGUAAGUCUGUUUGUAGGACUGCAGCCUACAACAUGAAAAUAUUCCUUAUACUGAGUGACACAGUGACCAUGUGGCCCUCUAACAAAGCUGUCCAGGAUUUCAAAUGAGGGAUAUUCUGAGCCUGGCCUGGAGAUGCCAGGAUUUGAACCUGGAACCUUCUGCUUGCAAAGCACACCCUUAUGUGAUCAUAAGCAGCAGGCAGGCACACUUUGAGGGGAACGGGGUGUGUGUGUGUGUCCCUUUGCUGAGGAAUGAGGAACCAACUCAAAUAUAUAUAUAUAUAUAUAUAUAUAUAUAUAUAUAUAUAUAUAAAUUUCAAGUCACCCUUUAGUUAUAUACUAGUCCACUUUGUCAGUUUCCCAUACGAGCAAUUUUAGUGUGGUUGUAAAUAGGGGUUAGAUAGUUAGGUUUAAUUUUAAAGGCCACUGUUUGCUCUCUAACUUCAUUAAGUACAUUCCUCCAUAUGUGUGUGUUUGUGUGUGUGUGUGUGUGUGCGUGUGAGACUGAGUGAGAAGUACUCUUGUGUUUCGAAUGAGUGUCGGGCAGAUGUAAAUCUCUAUCACGAUCUCUACGGGCAGUCCAGCCAAGCAAACGAGGAAAGGUCAACCCCACCUAUCAGGUUGGCAAUAUUAAUCUUAAGAAAAAAAUGCUGGGCUUUUGUACAACUUUGGUCCCACAAUACAGCAAGUGUUUAAUGACUUUUAACCCAUCUGACUUUGUACCCUGAAAGAAAUAAAACAGUAUUUUACAAAGCCA